ACACACACACCACUCUCUCUCUCGCUGACACACACACACGCAGCGUCACACACAACACAGACAAACAGAACGUGGAGGUUUAGACCACAAAUACAAACGCUCAGAGUUGGCUGGACAGACAAACACACAGACAGGAGGACCGGUUUCCUUUCUCUCUACAAGUUAACCCAUCUACAAUCCCAUCUACAACUCAGGUACCUGUGCUUUUUUUUUUUUUUAAACAUAAUGUUCUCUAACAAAAACAUUUUCUAACAUAAUGUACUCUAACAAAACAGACAGAGAGAAAGACAAGGUUCUGAAUGCUUAGAUCAGUAUUUUAACACACCAGGCUAGUUACUAAUAGAUUAACUGUUGAAUAUAAAUAGCCUUUGUUUUUUUGUUUUUACAUAAUGUUUCACAGUUGAGUAAGUAUCUCUCUCCAGGGCCUUUAUGAAGUUUUCAGUAUUAUAUUCAUUAAUCUCUGUUUUAGAGACAGUACAGUGAACUAUCACAAACCUUCACAAAAUAUAGAUAUAUAUUUUUAAUGUUCUUUAUUUUUUUUAAGUUUUGUGAAAUUAGAUCAUCAUUAUGUCUAUAACCACGGUGAUAAGUGAUGUGAAACUCGUUGACACCAGGAAGUGACAGUGUCACACUUAAAGAGCAACUGCCCCUAAAAAAGCAACUCUCAUUUUGAAAACAGCCUAUGUGGCAUCGAUAUGAGUCAGAAACAUUUAAAAAAAGAUUACAAAGUGUAAAUAGGAUAAUUUUGGUCAUGAACUCAGUCUCAUCCAAAAACAGAGACUUGCCAGAUGACAGGAAAAAAAUGGUAUGACAUAGAAUGAAGGGUAAUAACAGUUUCCCUUGGGUUGGGUUUAUUUCAAUCCUGCUCACAGCUGGCAGCACCCAAGUAAUCGUCAAUUUGGAGCGCAGCUGCAUGCAACCCGAUUGUAAUGCCCACAGUAAAUUUGGUUUGACAUUUGAUAUCCCUAUGGGGCUAGUUAAGGACCAUCAGUAAAUUACACAAUGUACAUGGGACAAUAUUUUAAAAGUUCAAUAGCUCCAUAUUUCAAUGAUUUAAAAACCUCAAACCAACUACGGUGCAUUCGGAAAGUAUUCAGAUCCCUUCUCUUUUUCAACAGUUUGUUACGUUACAGCCUUAUUCUAAAAUGGAUUACAUUGUCUACACACAAUACCCCAUAAUGACAAAGCAAAAACAGGUUUUUAGAAAUGUUAGCUAUUUUUAAAUUUUUUUUAAAUUAAAUAUUAUAUUUACAUAAGUAUUCAGACCCUUUAGUCAGUACUUUGUUGAAGCACUUUUGGCAGCGUUUACAACCUUGAGUCUUCUUGGGUAUGACGCUACAAGCUUGGCACACCUGUAUUUGGGGAGUUUCUCCCAUUCUUCUCUGCAGAUCCUCUCAAGCUCUGUCAGGUUGGAUGGGGAGCGUCGCUGCACAGCUAUUGUCAGGUCUCUCCAGAGAUCAAUCAAUCAAUCAAUCAAUUUUAUUUUAUAUAGCCCUUCGUACAUCAGCUAAUAUCUCGAAGUGCUGUACAGAAACCCAGCCUAAAACCCCAAACAGCUAGUAAUGCAGGUGUAGAAGCACGGUGGCUAGGAAAAACUCCCUAGAAAGGCCAAAACCUAGGAAGAAACCUAGAGAGGAACCAGGCUAUGAGGGGUGGCCAGUCCUCUUCUGGCUGUGCCGGGUGGAGAUUAUAACAGAACCAUGCCAAGAUGUUCAAAAAUGUUCAUAAGUGACAAGCAUGGUCAAAUAAUAAUCAGGAAUAAAUCUCAGUUGGCUUUUCAUAGCCGAUCAUUAAGAGUUGAAAACAGCAGGUCUGGGACAGGUAGGGGUUCCAUAACCGCAGGCAGAACAGUUGAAACUGGAAUAGCAGCAAGGCCAGGCGGACUGGGGACAGCAAGGAGUCACCACGGCCGGUAGUCCCGACGUAUGGUCCUAGGGCUCAGGUCUCUCAGUUGGCUUUUCAUAGCCGAUCAUUAAGAGUUGAAAACAGCAGGUCUGGGACAGGUAGGGGUUUCGUAACCGCAGGCAGAACAGUUGAAACUGGAAUAGCAGCAAGGCCAGGCGGACUGGGGACAGCAAGGUGUCAGCAUGUCCGGUAGUCCUGACGUAUGGUCCUAGGGCUCAGGUUCUCAGAGAGAAAGAGAGAACGAGAGAAUUAGAGAGAGCAUACUUAAAUUCACACAGGACACUGGAUAAGACAGGAGAAGUACUCCAGGUAUAACCAACUAACCCCAGCCCCCCGACACAUAAACUACUGCAGCAUAAAUACUGGAGGCUGAGACAGGAGCGGUCCGGAGACACUGUGGCCCCAUCCGAAGAAACCCCCGGACAGGGCCAAACAGGAAGGAUAUAACCCCACCCACUCUGCCAAAGCACAGCCCCCGCACCACUAGAGGGAUAUCCUCAACCACCAACUUACAAUCCUGAGACAAGGCCGAGUAUAGCCCACAGAGGUCUCCACCACAGCAAAAACCAAGGGGGGGCGCCAACCCAGACAGGAAGAUCACGUCAGUAACUCAACCCACUCAAGUGACGCACCCCUCCUAGGGACGGCAUGAAAGAGCACCAGCAAGCCAGUGACUCAGCCCCUGUAACAGGGUUAGAGGCAGAGAACCCCAGUGGAGAGAGGGGAACCGGCCUGGCAGAGACAGCAAGGGCUGUUCGUUGCUCCAGAGCCUUUCCGUUCACCUUCACACUCCUGGGCCAGACUACACUCAAUCAUAUGACCUACUGAAGAGAUAAGUCUUCAGUAAAGACUUAAAGGUUGAGACCGAGUCUGCGUCUCUCACAUGGGUAGGCAGACUGUUCCAUAAAAAUGGAGAUCUAUAGGAGAAAGCCCUGCCUCCCGCUGUUUGCUUAGAAAUUCUAGGGACAAUUAGGAGGCCUGCGUCUUGUGACCGUAGCGUACGUAUUGGUAUGUACGGCAGGACCAACUCGGAAAGAUAGGUAGGAGCAAGCCCAUGUAACGCUUUAUAGGUUAACAGUAAAACCUUGAAAUCAGCCCUUGCCUUAACAGGAAGCCAGUGUAGGGAAGCUAGCACUGGAGUAAUAUGAUCAAAUUUAUUGGUUCUAGUCAGGAUUCUAGCAGCCGUAUUUAGCACUAACUGAAGUUUAUUUAGUGCUUUAUCCGGGUAGCCGGAAAGUAGAGCAUUGCAGUAGUCUAACCUAGAAGUAACAAAUGCAUGGAUUAAUUUUUCUGCAUCAUUUUUGGACAGAAAAUUUCUGAUUUUUGCAAUGUUACGUAGAUGGAAAAAAGCUGUCCUUGAAACAGUCUUGAUAUGUUCGUCAAAAGAGAGAUCAGGGUCAAGAGUAACGCCGAGGUCCUUCACAGUUUUAUUUGAGACGACUUUACAACCAUCAAGAUGAAUUGUCAGAUUUAACAGAAGAUCUCUUUGUUUCUUGGGACCUAGAACAAGCAUCUCUGUUUUGUCCGAGUUUAAAAGUAGAACGUUUUCAGCCAUCCACUUCCUUAUGUCUGAAACACAGGCUUCUAGCGAGGGCAAUUUUGGGGCUUCACCAUGUUUCAUUGAAAUGUACAGCUGUGUGUCAUCCGCAUAGCAGUGAAAGUUAACAUUAUGUUUUCGAAUAACAUCCCCAAGAGGUAAAAUAUAUAGUGAAAACAAUAGUGGUCCUAAAACGGAACCUUGAGGAACACCGAAAUGUACAGUUGAUUUGUCGGAGGACAGACCAUUCACAGAGACAAACUGAUAUCUUUCCGACAGGUAAGAUCUAAACCAGGCCAGAACUUGUCCGUGUAGACCAAUUUGGGUUUCCAGUCUCUCCAAAAGAAUGUGGUGAUCGAUGGUGUCAAAGGCAGCACUAAGGUCUAGUAGCACGAGGACAGAUGCAGAGCCUCAGUCUGACGCCAUUAAAAGGUCAUUUACCACCUUCAGAUGUUCGAUCGGGUUCAAGUCCGGGCUCUGGCUGGGCCACUCAAGGACAUUCAGAGACUUGUCCCGAAGCCACUCCUGCGUUGUCUUGGCUGUGUGCUUAGGGUCAUUGUCCUGUUGGAAGGUGAACCUUCGCCCCAGUCUGAGGUCCUAAGUGCUCUGGAACAGGUUUUCAUCAAGGAUCUCUCUGUACUUUGCUCCGUUCAUCUUUCCCUCGAUCCUGACUAGUCUCCCAGUCCCUGCUGCCACCACCAUGCUUCACCGUAGGGAUGGUGCCAGGUUUCCUCCAGACGUGACGCUUGGCAUUCAGGCCAAAGAGUUCAAUCUUGGUUUCAUCAGAGCAGAGAAUCUUGUUUAUCAUGGUCUGAGAGUCCUUUAGGUGCCUUUUGGCAAACUCCAAGCGGGCUGUCGUGCCUUUUACUGAGGAGUGGCUUCCGUCUGGCCACUCUACCAUAAAUGCCUGAUUGGUGGAGUGCUGCAGAGAUGGUUGUCCUUCUGGAAGGUUCUCCGAUCUCCACAGAGGUACUCUGGAGCUCUGUCAGAGUGACCAUCGGGUUCUUGGUCACCUCCCUGACAUAGGCCCUUCUCCCCCGAUUGCUCAGUUUGGACCGGGCGGCCAGCUCUAGGAGUCUUGGUGGUUCCAAACUUCUUCCAUUUAAGAAUGAUGGAGGCCACUGUGUUCUUGGGGAACUUCAAUGCUGCAGAAAUCUGUAAGGUGGAAGCAAUAUGGUGGAAGCUUCACCACUACACUGCCCUUUAGAUCUGCAUCAAGGGGUCACUCAGAACUCAUCUCUCGCUCUCUUUUUUAAACAUUUUUAUUUAACCUUUAUAUAGACAAUAAGGAAAGUCAAUUAAGAACAAAUUCUUAUUUACAGUGACGCCCUCUCUUCUUCUCCCCUCUCCCCCCCCCCCCUCCCCCCUCUCUCCCCUCUCUCCCCCACCCCCCCUCUCCCCCCUCUCUCCUCUCUCUCCCCUCUCUUCCCUCUCUCCCCUCUCCCCCCUCUCCCCUCUCCCCCCUCUCCCCUCUCUUCCCCCUCCCUCCCCUCCCUCCCCCCUCUCUCCUCUCUCUUCCCUCUCUUCCUCCUCUCUCCCCUCUCUCCCCCCUCUCUCCUCUCUCUUCCCUCUCUCCUCUCUCUCCCCCUCUCUCCCCUCUCUCUCCUCUCUCUUCCCUCUCUCUCCUCUCUCUCCCCUCUCCCCCUCUCUCCCCUCUCCCCCCCUCCCCCCUCCCCUCUCUUCCCCCUCUCUCCCCUCCCUCCCCCCUCUCUCCUCUCUCUUCCCUCUCUUCCUCCUCUCUCCCCCUCUCUUCCCUCUCUCCCCCCUCUCUCCUCUCUCUUCCCCCUCUUCUCCCCUCUCUUCCCUCUCUUCCCCCUCUCUCCUCUCUCCCCUCUCCCCUCUCUCUCCCCUCUCUCCCACUCUCUCUCCCCUCUCUUCCCUCUCUCCCCCUCUCUCCCCUCUCAUCUCCUCUCUCUCCCCUCUCCACUCUCUCUCCCCCCUCUCCCCCUCUCCCUCUCCCCUCUCUCCCCCUCUCUCCCCCCUCUCUCCCCUCUCCCCCCCCUCUCCUCCCCCUCCCUUCCCUCUCUCCACUCUCUCUCCCCUCUCCUCUCUCUCCUCUCUCUUCCCACUCUCUCCCCUCUCUCCUCCUCUCUCUCCCCUCUCUCCUCUCUCUCUCCCCUCUCUUCCCACUCUCUCCCCUCUCUCUCCUCUCUCUCCUCUCUCUCCCCUCUCCCCCAGAUGGAGUUUGCCUGCAGUCACGUUGUGUGUAACUGGAGACCAGAAGGGAGUUUAGCGGAGGGGUCAGAUGAAGGGGGGUCAGGUUUGAGUGUGUACCCCUGUAGUCCUCUAGGUGAGGGGGGGACCCCAGGUCCGGGUGUACCCCUCAGACUGUCUGUCACAGAGCACAUGUACGACAACCGCAUCUCAGUCAUCCCUCAGCAAGGUAAUGUACUGACGUGAUACCGCUCAUCACACAUUCACACUGCUGCUGAGAGACCCACUCAUUUUCACAUACAGAGGAAACAUCUGUGUGGGGUGGAGACUGACAAAAGUGUGAAAAUGUUAGACAUAGGAAACUUCACACACACACACACACACGCAUACACACACUAGCCUAGAUUAUUUCCUUUCAGCUCUCACUGCAGUGUCACCAUGUUCAAAGACACACCACCUUUCACACAUCCACUUGAGCUCCAUGGUGCUAAGAAUGAUGAUGAUGAUGAUGAUGAUGAAGAAGAUGAGGAUGGUGAUACUAUUGAUAAUGAUACUAUUGAUGGUGAUGAUGAUGGUGAUACUAUUGAUGGUGAUGAUGGUGAUAAUAUUUGGUAUUUUGGGGUAUUUUAUUAGGAUCCCCAUUAGCUGUUGUUGCGAGAGCAGUAGCUACUCUUCCUGGGGUCCACACAAAACAUGAAACAUGACAUAAUACAGAACAUUAAUAGACAAGAACAGCUCAAGGACAGAACUGCAUCAAUAAUAUUGAUGAUGGUGAUGUCUGUUUCCUUGCUUCAGAGCCAGGGAUAGUGCCUCCACCUCUGCCCCCUCGACGGUUUGGGUCUCAGAAGCAACCCCGACCCACCUCUCUGCCUCCCCCACCUCCCCCUCUUUCCUCCCUGCCUCCCCCCCUACCAGCCCGAGGUGAGUAUUUGGUUUGUUUCUGAAUUGAUUCCACAAGCAUGUGUUUCUGAAUACAGCCCUAGUUGUUGGUCAGGGUUAGAUGUAGGCUAUAGUGGUGUACAGUGAGGGAAAAAAGUAUUUGAUCCCCUGCUGAUUUUGUACGUUUGCCCACUGACAAAGAAAUGAUCAGUCUAUAAUUUUAAUGGUAGGUUUAUUUGAACAAUGAGAGUCAGAAUAACAACAAAAAAAUCCAGAAAAACGCAUGUGUCACGGUUUCGGCCGAGGCUGCCUCUCUCCCUUGUUCGGGCAGGCUUUGGCGUUCGUCGUCUCCGGAAUUCUAGCUGCCACCGCUAUAUGUUUCAUGUUCGUUUGCUUUUGUCUGUUUGUUUCCACACCUGUUUCUGUUUUGACGUAAUUAGUGUCCUAUAAGUUUCUCGUUGUGUUUGUCUAGUGUUGUGUGUGAUUGUUUCCGUCAGUGUUGUGUUUUGCUCGGUUGAGCGUAUUUCUCCACUGUGCUGGAGCUUAUUUGCACCUGUGUGUGCACCGUUACAUUUUGUCGCACCUGUUAGUGCGCAUUUACCUUUCGCCUUCGUGCGUGUUUUUGCUGUCGGGCUUAGUUGUCCUGUUGCCUGUGUUGGGCCAGUAAUACAGCCUUUGGAACAUUCAGUCUGCGUCCUGCGUUUGAUUCCUACACUACACCUACAACACGCCCUGACAGCAUGUCAAAAAUGUUAUGAAUUGAUUUGCAUUUUAAUGAGGGAAAUAAGUAUUUGACCCCCUCUCAAUCAGAAAGAUUUCUGGCUCCCAGGUGUCUUUUAUACAGGUAACGAGCUGAGAUUAGGAGCACACUCUUAAAGGGAGUGCUCCUAAUCUCAGCUUGUUACCUGUAUAAAAGACACCUGUCCACAGAAGCAAUCAAUCAAUCAGAUUCCAAACUCUCCACCAUGGCCAAGACCAAAGAGCUCUCCAAGGAUGUCAGGGACAAGAUUGUAGACCUACACAAGGCUGGAAUGGGCUACAAGACCAUCGUCAAGCAGCUUGGUGAGAAGGUGACAACAGUUAGUGCGAUUAUUCGCAAAUGGAAGAAACAAAAGAACUGUCAAUCUCCCUCGGCCUGGGGCUCCAUGCAAGAUCUCACCUCGUGGAGUUGCAAUGAUCAUGAGAACGGUGAGGAAUCAGCCCAGAACUACACGGGAGGAUCUUGUCAAUGAUCUCAAGGCAGCUGGGACCAUAGUCACCAAGAAAACAAUUGGUAACACACUACGCCGUGAAGGACUGAAAUCCUGCAGCGCCCGCAAGGUCCCCCUGCUCAAGAAAGCACAUAUACAGGCCCGUCUGAAGUUUGCCAAUGAACAUCUGAAUGAUUCAGAGGAGAACUGGGUAAAAGUAUUGUGGUCAGAUGAGACCAAAAUCGAGCUCUUUGGCAUCAACUCAACUCGCCGUGUUUGGAGGAGGAGGAAUGCUGCCUAUGACCCCAAGAAAACCAUCCCCACCAUCAAACAUAGAGGUGGAAACAUUAUGCUUUGGGGGUGUUUUUCUGCUAAGGGGACAGGACAACUUCACCGCAUCAAAGGGACAAUGGACGGGGCCAUGUACCGUCAAAUCUUGGGUGAGAACCUCCUUCCCUCAGCCAGGGCAUUGAAAAUGGGUCGUGGAUGGGUAUUCCAGCAUGACAAUUACCCAAAACACACGGCCAAGGCCACAAAGGAGUGGCUCAAGAAUAAGCACAUUAAGGUCCUGGAGUGGCCUAGCCAGUCUCCAGACCUUAAUCCCAUAGAAAAUCUGUGGAGGGAGCUGAAGGUUCAAGUUGCCAAACGUCAGCCUCGAAACCUUAAUGACUUGGAGAAGAUCUGCAAAGAGGAGUGGGACAAAAUCCCUCCUGAGAUGUGUGCAAACCUGGUGGCCAACUACAAGAAACUUCUGACAUCUGUGAUUGCCAACAAGGGUUUUGCCACCAAGUACUAAGUCAUGUUUUGCAGAGGGGUCAAAUACUUAUUUCCCUCAUUAAAAUGCAAAUCUAUUUAUAACAUUUUUGACAUGCGUUUUUCUGGAUUUUGUUGUUGUUAUUCUGUCUCUCACUGUUCAAAUAAACCUACCAUUAAAAUUAUAGACUGAUCAUUUCUCUGUCAGUGGGCAAACGUACAAAAUCAGCAGGGGAUCAAAUACUUUUUUUCCCUCACUGUAAAUGCUUAUAACCACUAGGCUAAUAAAUAAACAAGUUUUUAUUUUUUAUGAUUUUAAUAACCUACAUUAGCAUGAGAGCUACUUAUAAAAAAUGUAACAUGUUGCUCCUCUGUUUUAUUUCUAGCUUUCUAAUAGGCACUUUCUUCUCCUCUCACCUGAAACUCUUCCCCGAGAAAGUAGUGCACUGUGUUUCUUGUCAAUAAAGCUGGCAAAAUAAUGGUUAAUAAACAACUCCAAGGGGGGGCAUUAAGAGUUGUUUUUAUAUUUGAUCAAAUUAUGUUCUGUUUUAUUUUAAUAGUAAAAUAACUAAAUUUGAUGUUCUGAGUCCAUCUCAAAUCACUUCGCUUAAAUCACAGUUCAGUGGUUAUUAUCAUGCUGGUUGUUACAUAUCUGGGUCUCAUCCUGUGUGUGUGUGUGUGUGUGUGUAUUCUCAGGUGCAGAGGGCCAAGGAGAGCAGAGCAUCAGAUUGAAGGCUAAUGUUAAUGUUCUCUCUCUCAGUGUUGGACGACUCGUAGAUAUCAGUAGAGGUGAGUGUAUUUAUGGUCACACACACACACACACACACACAUACACACACACACACACACACACACACACCCAGUGGAGGCUGCUGAGGGGAGGACGGCUCACAAUAAUGUCUGGAAAGGAGUAAAUGGAAUGGAAUAAAACACAUUCACCACAUGGUUUCCAUGGUUUCCAGGUGUUUGAUACCAUUCCAUUGACUCCAUUCCAGCCAUUAUUAUAAGCCAUCCUCCCCUCAGCAGCCUCCACUGCACACACCAUAAUUAUCUCUCCCUCUCCUCCACAGCAUCUGGCAUCCAGACUACUCAGAGUCCCGUGAUACACUGUGGGAGAUGUAGUGCAGCCCUGUCCUCCCUGAGUUCUAUACAGAACACACAGGACAGUUCCGUGAGUUUACACUCUUUCUUUCUCUCUCUCUCUCCUCUCUCUCUCUCUCUCUCUCUCUCCUCCUCUCUCCUCUCUCUCUCUCUCUCUCCCUCUCUCUCUCUCCUCUCUCUCUCUCUCUCUCUCUCCUCUCUCUCUCCUCGCUCCUCUCCUCUCGCACUCCUCUCUCUCUCUCUCUCCCUUCCCGCCGCAGUGCUCUCAUUUCUUUCUGUCCUCCCCACUCCUUGUUUCUUCCUCCUUCACCUUCAUCCUCUCCCUCUUCAUCAUCCUUUCCUUCAUCCUCUCCAUUUUCAUCACCCUCUCCUUCACGCUCUCCCACUCCCUCAUCAUCUCCCUCUUCAUUAUCCUCUAUUUCAUCCUCUCCCUCUUCAUCAACCUCUCCUUCAGCCUCUCCCACUCCCUCAUCCUCUCCCUCUUCAUCAUCCUCUCUCCUUCACCUCCGCCCUCUUCAUAUCCCUCCUUCAUCCUCCUUCUCCUUCAUCCCUCUCCCUCUCCUUCAUUUCCUCUCUCCCUCUUCAUUUAUUUCCCCUCCCUCUCCCUCUCCCUCUCCCUCUCCCUCAUCUCUCCCUCUCACUCCCUCUUCCUCAUCCUCUCCCUCUCCUUCAUCCUCUCCCUCUUCAUCAUCCUCUCCCUCUCCCUCUCCCCUCUCCUUCAUCCUCUCCCUCAUCAUCUCCCAUUCCUUCAUCCUCUCCCUCUCCUUCAACCUCUCCCUCUACUUCAGCCUCUCCCUCUCCUUCAUCCUCUCCUUCUCCUUCAUCCUCUCCCUCUCCUUCACCCUCUCCCUCUCCCUUUUCCUUCAUCCUCUCCCUCUUCAAUCAAUCAAUGAAUCAAAUGUUAUUUAUAAAGCCCUUUUACAUCAGCAGAUGUCACAAAGUGCUAUACAGAAACCCAGCCUAAAACCCCAAACAGCAAGCAAUGCAGAUGUAGAAGCACGGUGGCUAGGAAAAACUCCCUAGAAAGGCAGAAACCUAGGAAGAAACCUAGAGAGGAACCAGACUCUGAGGGGUGGCCAGUCCCCUUCUGGCUGUGCCAGGUGGGGAUUGUAACAGUACAUGGCCAUUAAGGCCAGAUUUUUCUCCAAGAUGUUCAAACAUUCAUAGAUGACCAGCAGGGUCAAAUAAUAAUCACAGUGGUUGUAGGGGUUGCAACAGGUCAGUACAUCAGGAGUAAAUGUAACUUGGCUUUUCAUAGCCGGGCAUUUAGAGGUUGAAAUAGCAGGUGCGGUAGAGAGAGAGAGAGUUGAAAACAACAGGUCUGGGACAAGGUAACACGUCCGGUGAACAGGUCAGGGUUCCAUAGCCGCAGGCAGAAGAGUGGAAACUGGAGCAGCAGCAUGACCAGGUGGACUGGGGACAGCAAGGAGUCAUCAGGCCAGGUAGUCCUGAGGCAUGGUCCUAGGGCUCAGGUCCUCCAGGAUGGGAGGGAGAGAGAGAGAGAGAGAAUUAGAGGGAGCAUACUUAAAUUCACACAGGACACCGGAUAAGACAGGAGAAUAACACCAGAUAUAACAGACUGACCCUAGCCCCCCGGCACAUAGACUAUUGCAGCAUAGAUACUGGAGGCUGAGACUGGGGGGGUCGGGGGACACUGUGGGCCUGUCUGACGAUACCCCCAGACAGGGCGAACCAGGCAGGAUAUAACCCACCCACUUUGCCAAAGCACAGCCCCCACACCACCAGAGGGAUAUCAACAGACCACCAACCUACUACCCUGAGACAAGGCUGAGUAUAGCCCACGAAGAUCUCCUCCACUGCACGAGCCCGAGGGAGCGACAAACCGGACAGGAAGAUUACGUCAGUGACUCAACCUACGUAGGAACGGCAUGGAAAGCACCAGUAAGCCAGUGACUCAGCCCCCGUAAUAGGGUCAGAGGCAGAGAAUCCCAGUGGAGAGAGGGGAACCGGCCAGGCAGAGACAGCAAGGGAAGUUUGUCGCUCCAGUGCCUUUCCGUUCACCUUCGGACCCCUGGGCCAGACUACACUCAAUCAUAGGACCUACUGAAGAGAUGAGUCUUCAGUAAAGACUUAAAGGUCGAGACCGAGUCUGCGUCUCUCACAUGGAUAGGCAGACCAUUCCAUAGAAAUUGAGCUAUAUAGGAGAAAGCCCUGCCUCCAGCUGUUUGCUUAGAAAUUCUAGGAACAAUAAGGAGGCCUGCGUCUUGUGACCGUAGCGUACGUGUAGGUAUGUACGGCAGGACCAAAUCGGAGAGAUAGGUAGGAGCAAGCCCAUGUAAUGCUUUGUAGGUUAGCAGUAAAACCUUGAAAUCAGCCCUAGCCUUAACAGGAAGCCAGCACUGGAGUAAUAUGAUCACAUUUUUUGGUUCUAGUCAAGAUUCUAGCAGCCGUGUUUAGCACUAACUGAAGUUUAUUUAGUGCUUUAUCAGGGUAGCCGGAGAGUAGAGCAUUGCAGUAGUCUAAUCUAGAAGUGACAAAAGCAUGGAUUAGCUUUUCUGCAUCAUUUUUUUGACAAAAAGUUUCUGAUUUUUGCAAUGUUACGAAGAUGGAAAAAAGCUGUCCUUGAAAUAUUCUUGAUAUGUUCGUCAAAAGAAAGAUCAUGGUCCUUCACAGUUUCUUUUUGAGACGACUGUACAACCAUCAAGAUUAAUUGUCGGAUCCAACAGAUUAUCUCUUUGUUUCUUGGGACCUAGAACUAGCAUCUCUAUUUUGUCCGAGUUUAAAAGUAAAACAUUUGCCGCCAUCUACUUCCUUAUGUCUGAAACACAGGCUUCCAGGGUAGGCAGUUUUGGGGCUUCACCAUGUUUCAUCGAAAUGUAGAGCUGUGUGUCGUCCGCAUAGCAAUGAAAGUUAACAUUGUGUUUCCGAAUGACAUCACCAAGAGGUAAAAUAUAUAGUGAAAACAAUAGUGGUCCUAAAACGGAACCUUGAGGAACACCGAAACGUACAAUUGAUUUGUCAGAGGACAAACCAUCCACAGAGACGAACUGAUAUCUUUCCGACAGAUAAGAUCUAAACCAGGCAAGAACUUGUCCGUGUAGACCCAAUUAAGGUUUUCAAUCUCUCCAAAAGAAUGUGGUGAUCGAUGGUGUCAAAAGCAGCACUAAGGUCUAGGAGCACGAGGACAGAUGCAGAGCCUUGGUCUGACGCCAUUAAAAGGUAAUUUACCACCUUCACGAGUGCGGUCUCAGUGCUAUGAUGGGGUCUAAAACCAGACUGUAGCAUUUCCUAUAUAUUUUUUGUCUUCAGGAAGGCAGUGAGUUGCUGCACAACAGCUUUUUCUAAAAAUGUUGAGAGGAAAGGGAGAUUCGAUAUAGGCCGAUAGUUUUUUACAUUUUCUGGGUCAAGGAUUGGCUUUUUCAAGAGAGGCUUUAUUACUGCCACUUUUAGUGAGUUUGGUUCACAUCCGGUGGAUAGGGAGCCAUUUAUUAUGUUCAAUAUAGGAGGGCCAAGCACAGGAAGUAGCUCUUUCAGUAGUUUAGUUGGAAUAGGGUCCAGUAUGCAGCUUGAAGGUUUAGAGACCAUUACUAUUUUCAUGAAUGUUUCAAGAGAUAAAGGAUUAAAAAACUUGAGUGUCUCCAUUGAUCCUAGUUCCUGGCAGUUCUGUGCAGACUCAGGACAGCUGAGCUUUGGAGAAAUACGCAGAUUCAAAGAGGAGUCCGUAAUUUGCUUUCUAAUGAUCAUGAUCUUUUCGUCGAAGAAGUUAAUCAAUUCAUCACUGCUGAAGUGAAAGGCAUCCUCUCUUGGGGAAUGCUGCUUUUUAGUUAGCUUUGCGACAGUAUGAAAUAGAAAUGUUGGAUUGUUCUUAUUCUCCUCAAUUAGGUUGGAAAAAUAGGGUGAUCGAGCAGCAGUGAGGGCUCUUCUAUAUUGCUCUGUACUUUAUUUUCACGCUAGUAGGAAGACUUCCAUUUUGGUGGAGCACCAUUUCCGUUCCAAUUUUCAGGAGGCUUGCUUCAGGGCUCGGGUAUUUUCUGUAUACCAGGGAGCUAGUUUCUGGUGACAAAUGUUUUUUGUUUUUAGGGGUGCGACUGCAUCUAGGGUAUUACGCAAGGUUAAAUUUAGAUCCUCAGUUAGGUUGUUAAUUGAUUUUUGUACUCCGACGGCCUCUAGGAAUCUGUGGGUUGUCCGAGAAUUUAUAGCACGGCUUUUGAUGGUCCUUGGUUGGGGUCUGAGCAGAUUAUUUGUUGCGAUUGCAAACGUAAUAAGAUGGUGGUCCGAUUGUCCUGGGUUAUGAGGAAAAACAUUUAGAUCCACAAUAUUUAUUCCACGGGACAAAACUAGAUCCAGGGUAUUCCGGAGACCUGUUGGACAAAACCCACUGAGUCGAUGAUGGCUCCGAAAGCCUUUUGGAGUGGGUCUGUGGACUUUUCCAUGUGAAUAUUAAAGUCACCAAAAAUGUGAAUAGUAUCUGCCAUGACUACAAGGUCCGAUAGGAAUUCAGGGAACUCAGUGAGGAACUCUGUAUACGGCCCAGGAGGCCUGUAAACAGUAGCUAUAAAAAGUGAUUGAGUAGGCUGCAUAGAUUUCAUGACUAGAAGCUCAAAAGACUAAAACGCAGUCAUUUUUGGGGGGGUAAAUUGACAUUUGCUAUCGUAAAUGUUAGCAACACCUCCGCCUUUGAGGGAUGCGUGGGGGAUACGGUCACCAGUGUAACCAGGAGGAGAGGCCUCAUUUAACACAGUCAAUUCAUCAGGCUUAAGACAUGUUUCAGUCAGGCCAAUCACAUAAAGAUUAUGAUCAGUAAUUAGUUAAUUGACCACAACUGCCUUGGAAGUGAGGGAUCUAACAUUAAGUAGCCCUAUUUUGAGAUGUGAGAUAUCACAAUAUCUUUCAAUAAUGACAGGAAUGGAGGAGGUCUUUAUUCCAGUGAGAUUGCUAAGGCAAACACUGCCAGGUUUAGUUUUGCUCAACCUAGAUCGAGGCACAGACACGGUCUCAAUGGGGACUACACUGACUGUGCUAGUGGCAGACUCCACUAAGCUGGCAGGCUGGCUAUAAGCCUGCUACCUGGCCUGCACCCUGUCUCAUUGUGGAGCUAGAGGAGUUAGAGCCCUCUUCAUCAGCCUCUCCCUCACCUUCAUCCUCUCCCUCUCCUUCAUUCUCUCCCUCCCCUUCAUCCUCUCCCACUCCUUCAUCCUCUCCCUCUCCUUUAUCCUCUCCCUCUCCUUCAUCCUCUCCCUCUCCUUAAUCCUCUCCCUUCCCUUCAUCCUCUCCCCUCUCCUUCAGCCUCGUCUUCGUCCUCUCCUUCCCCUUCAUCCUCUCCCUCUCCUUCAGCCUCUCCCUCAGCCUCUCCCUCUCCUUCAGCCUCUCCUUCAGUCUCUCCCUCUCCUUCAUCCUCUCCCUCUCCUUCAGCCUUUCCUUCAGCCUCUACUUCAUCCUCUCCCUCUCCUUCAUCCUCUCCCUCUCCUUCAGUCUCUCCCUCUCCUUCAUCCUCUCCCUCUCUUUCAGCCUCUCCUUCAGCCUCUACUUCAUCCUCUCCUUCUCAUCAUCCUCUCCCUCUCCUUCAGUCUCUCCCCCUCCUUCAGCCUCUACUUCAUCCUCUCCCUCUCCUUCAUCCUCUCCCUCUCCUUCAGUCUCUCCCCCUCCUUCAGCCUCUCCCUCUACUUCAUCCUCUCCUCUCCUUAUCCUCUCCCUCCCCUUCAUCCUCUCCCCCUCCUUCAGCCUCUCUCCCACUCCUUCAUCCUCUCCCCCUCCUUCAUCCUCUCCCUCUCCUUCAGUCUCUCCCCCUCCUUCAGCCUCUCCAUCUACUUCAUCCUCUCCCUCUCCUUUAUCCUCUCCCUCCCCUUCAUCCUCUCCCCCUCCUUCAGCCUCUCCCACUCCUUCAUCCUCUCCCCCCCUCCUUCAUCCUCUCCCCUCUCCUUCAGUCUCUCCCCCUCCUUCAGCCUCUCCCUCUACUUCAUCCUCUCCCUCUCCUUCAGCCUCUCCCUCUCCUUCAUCCUCUCCCUCUCCUUCAUCCUCUCCCUCUCCUUCAGCCUCUCCCUCUCCUUAGCCUCUCCUUCUCCUUCAGCCUCUCCCACUCCUUAGCCUCACCUUCUCCUUCAGCCUCUCCCACUCCUUAGCCUCACCUUCUCCUUCAUCCUCUCCCACUCCUUCAUCCUCUCCCUCUCCUUAGCCUCUCCUUCUCCUUCAGCCUCUCCCACUCCUUCUCCUCUCCCCCUCCUUCAGCCUCUCCCUCUCCCUUCAUCCUCUCCCUCUCUUCAGCCUCUCCUUCAUUCGCCUCUCCCUUUCCCUUCAUCCUCUCUCUCCCUCGCCUUCAGCCUCUCCCAAUCUCCUAGCCUCUCCUCUCCUUCAGCCUCCUCCCACCCCUUCAUCCUCUCCCUCUCCUUCAGCAUCUUUCUUUCCUCCCCUCUUCCUGUUCGUUUCAAUUCAAUUCAAUAAAUUCAAGUCAGUUAUCUUGUUGACUAGUAGUAAUGCUCUCUCUCUCUCUCUUCUCUCAUCUCUCCUCUCUCUCUCUCUCUCUCUCUCUCCUCUCUCUCUCUCUCUCUUCCUCUCUUCUCUCCUCUCUCUCUUCCCUCAUCCUCUCUCUCUCUCCUCCUCUCCUCCUCUUCCUCUCUCCUCCUCCUCUCCGUCUCUCUCUCUUCCUCUCUCUCUCCCUCUCUCUCUCACGGUGUGGCUGUGUGAGUUCUGUGGUCUCCAGAACACCCUGUCUACCUCAGGCCCCGGGGCUGGUUCCAAGGUGGGCCUCAGGGUUAGAGGGGCUCCUCGAGGGAGAGAUGUGAUCUACCUCCCCCUUCAGACUGACCAGGACUACGAGAACCUAGAAGAUGUCAUGGUGGUCUUCUGUGUUGAUAUAUCUGGGAGCAUGAGUGUCACCUCCGAGGUGUGUAGUCUGUCUGUCUGUCUUUCUGUCUACAAGCUAUGGCUGUACCUCAAUCUAUCUGUCUGUCUGUCUGUCUGUCUGUCUGUCUGUCUGUCUGUCUGUCUGUCUGUCUGUCUGUCUGUCUGUCUGUCUGUCUGUCUGUCUGUCUGUCUGUCUGUCUGUCUGUCUGUCUGUCUGUCUGUCUGUCUGUCUGUCUGUCUGUCUGUCUGUCUGUCUGUCUGUCUGUCUGUCUGUCUGUCUGUCUGUCUGUCUGUCUGUCUGUCUGUCUGUCUGUCUGUCUGCCUGCCUGCCUGCCUGCCUGCCUGCCUGCCUGCCUGCCUGCCUGCCUGCCUGCCUGCCUGCCUGCCUGCCUGCCUGCCUGCCUGCCUGCCUGCCUGCCUGCCUGCCUGCCUGCCUGCCUGCCUGCCUGCCUGCCUGCCUGUCUGUCUGUCUGUCUGUCUGCCUGCCUGUCUGUAUGUCUGUAUGUCUACAAGCUAUGGCUGUACCUUAAUCUGUCUGUCUGUCCGUUCGUUUAUGUCACAAACGAGACUCCCGCUGUUCCUCCUGCUCACCACCAGAGGGAACCCUCUCCUGAGUAUUAAACCCCUGAACUACAUUUCCCACAUACCUGGCUCUGAUUACCGUUGCACCUGACUCCCAUCAGUAGACUAUUUAGGUGCUCUCAAACUCUCUCUCUUUGCGAAGUCUUGUUAACCCUGGUGAUCAUUUCUGAGCGUUUUCGCCUGUGUCUGUCUGCCCGUGGAUUUACUCUGGACUGUUUUUCCCUCCUUGAUUCUGUCACAAACGAGACUCCCGCUGUUCCUCCUGCUCACCACCAGAGGGUUCCCUCUGGUGGUGAGCAGGAGGAACAGCGGGAGUCUCGUUUGUGACAGUUUACAACCUAUGGCUAUACCUCAGUCUGUCUGUCCGUCUCCAAACUCUAUCCCACUGCAUAUAUAUUUUCUUCCCAGGUCUCCCCAGGGAAUGCUAUGAGGUCACCAACCUAUGUCUCCCGACAACAGGUACUUAUGUUUGUUCCAGUGUUCUGUAUGUAUAUAUUAUAUUAUUAUAUAUACAGUGGAGGGAAAAAGGUAUUUGAUUUUGUACAUUUGCCCACUGACAAAGAAAUGAUCAGUCUAUCAUUUUAAUGGUAGGUUUAUUUGAACAGUGAGAGACAGAAUAACAACAAAAAAAUCCAGAGAAACGCAUGUCAAAAAUGUUAUAAAUAUGUUUGUAAACAAACUUAUGUUUGUUCCAGUGUUCUGUAUUUAUAUUAUAUAUAUAUAUUUUAUAUAUUAUAUUUUAUAUGGAUACGAGGGGUCUGCUAAAGGAGCUGGGACUAAAAAUAAAAAAAAUAAACAAGAUAACUAAUGUAAAACAUACUGUGUCCGUAAAAUGUACACAGGUUCAGAACUUUUGUGAAAACAUCACAGCACAGUUGAAAAAUAUAUGACAAAUAGAAAUCACAGAGUAGCUGAAGGGUGGGACUAAAAAAGGUAACUAAUGUAAAAUAUACUGUGUCCGUAAAAUCUAUAUAGGAUGCAUAAACUGGAUGUGUUGUUGUCCAUUCGUUUACUCCAAUUAGGGGAGGGGUUAGGGGAAAAUAACAAUACAUCAAAUAUUAAAUAUAUAUAUAUACAGUAUAUACAGUAUAUAUAUAUAUAUAUAUAUAUAUAUAUAUAUAUAUAUAUAUAUAUAUAUAUACAGUGGUGUGAAAAAGUGUUUGCCCCCUUCCUGAUUUCUUAUUUGUUUGCAUGUUUGUCACACUUAAAUGUUUCAGAUCAUCAAACAAAUUUAAGUAUUAGUCAAAGAUAACACAAGUAAACACUAAAUGCAGUUUUGAAAUGAAGGUUGUUAUUAUUAAGGGAAAACAAAAAUCCAAACCCACAUGGCCCUGUGUGAAGAAGUGAUUGCCCCCUACAACCUAAUAACUGGUUGGGCCACCCUUAGCAGCAACAACUGCAAUCAAGCGUUUGCGAUAACUUGCAAUGAGUCUUUUACAGCGCUGUGGAGGAAUUUUGGCCUGUUGGUAUGAUGUUCUUUUUCUGAAAUGCGGUGUUACUUUUACGCCAGAUGUAAUGGGACACACACCUUCCAAAAAGUUCAACUUUUGUCUCGUCAGUCCACAGAGUAUUUUCCCAAAGGUCUUGGGGAUCAUCAAGAUGUUUUCUGGCAAAAAUGAGACGAGCCUUAAUGUUAUUUUUGCUCAGCAGUGGUUUUCGUCUUGGAACUCUGCCAUGCAGGCCAUUUUUGCCCAGUCUCUUUCUUAUUGUGGAGUCAUGAACACUGACCUUAACUAAGGCAAGUGAGGCCAGCAGCUCUUUUGAUGUUGUUGUGGGGUCUUUUGUGACCUCUUGGAUGAGUCGUCGCUGCGCUCUUGGGGUAAUUUUGGUCGGCCGGCCACUCCUGGGAAGGUUCACCACUGUUCCAUGUUUUCGCCAUUUGUGGAUAAUGGCUCUCACUGUGGUUCGCUGGACACUAACAGCUUACAGACGGUAGGCAAUUAAGGUCACAGUUAUGAAAACCUAGGACACUAAAGAGGCCUUUCUACUGACUCUGAAAAACACCAAAAGAAAGAUGCCCAGGGUCCCUGCUAAUCUGCGUGAACGUGCCUUAGGCAUACUGCAAGGAGGCAUGAAGACUGCAGAUGUGGCCAGGGCAAUAAAUUGCAAUGUCUGUACUGUGAGAUGCCUAAGACAGCGCUACAGGGAGACAGGACGGACAGCUGAUCAUCCUCGCAGUGGCAGACCACGUGUAACAACACCUGCACAGGAUCGGUACAUCCGAACAUCACACCUGCGGAACAGGUACAGGAUGGCAACAACAACUGCCCGAGUUACAUCAGGAACGCACAAUCCCUCCAUCAGUGCUCAGACUGUCCGUAAUAGGCUGAGAGAGGCUGGACUGAAGGCUUGUAGGCCUGUUGUAAGGCAGGUCCUCACCAGACAUCACCGACAACAACGUCGCCUAUGGGCACAAACCCACAGUCGCUGGACCAGACAGGACUGGCAAAAAGUGCUCUUCACUGACGAGUCGCAGUUUUGUCUCACCAGGGGUGAUGGUCGGAUUCGCGUUUAUCGUCGAAGGAAUGAGCGUUACACCUGAGCCUGUACUCUGGAGCGGGAUCGAUUUGGAGAUGGAGGGUCCGUCAUGGUCUGGGGCGGUGUGUCACAGCAUCAUCGGACUGAGCUUGUUGUCACUGCAGGCAAUCUCAACGCUGUGCGUUACAGGGAAGACAUCCUCCUCCCUCAUGUGAUACCCUUCCUGCAGGCUCAUCCUGACAUGACCCUCCAGCAUGACAAUGCCACCAGCCAUACUGCUCGUUCUGUGUGUGAUUUCCUGCAAGACAGGAAUGUCAGUGUUCUGCCAUGGCCAGCGAAGAGCCAGGAUCUCAAUCCCAUUGAGCACGUCUGGGACCUGUAGGUUCAGAGGGUGAGGGCUAGGGCCAUUCCCCACAGAAAUGUCUGGGAACUUGCAGGUGCCUUGGUGGAAGAGUGGGGUAACAUCUCACAGCAAGAACUGGCAAAUCUGGUGCAGUCCAUGAGGAGGAGAUGCACUGCAGUACUUAAUGCAGCUGGUGGCCACACCAGAUACUGACUGUUACUUUUGAUUUUGACCCCCCCUUUGUUCAGGGACACAUUAUUCAAUGUCUGUUAGUUACAUGUCUGUGGAACUUGUUCAGUUUAUGUCUCAGUUGUUGAAUCUUGUUAUGUUCAUACAAAUAUUUACACAUUGCUGAAAAUAAACGCAGUUGACAGUGAGAGGAUGUUUAUUUCAGAAAAAAUAUAUGGGGGAUUGGAAAUUAUUCAGACAAUUACAUUGAGCCACAAUCUAUUUGCAAUAUUAAAGCUGAUCCACCUCCAAACAAAAAAGGACUAGUCUCUUUCAGAUGGAAUGCAGAGUCUAGAAACGUGAAAUGCGAGAAGGAUUCUAAUAAAAGGAAUGAUAUGUCAACGCUCUUCUCUCUCUCUCUCUGUAGAGUAUUCAGGAUGCCCUCCAGAGGGCGCUGUCCUCUCUACUUCAGACUUCACCUCACCGUCGAGUCGCCAUGGUUACCUUCAAUGACGAGGUAUUGAUUGAUUUAUUGAUAGAUUUUUUUUUUUUUUUAAAUAGAGCGAGUAGAGGUUUUGGAGGGAGGGAGGGAGGGAGGGAGGCUGAGGGGUAUAGUGAGAGGGAGGGAGGGAGGGAGGGAGCGAGGGAGCGAGGGAGGGAGGGAGGGAGGGAGGGAGGGAGGGAAACAGGUCCUGGUGUGACACAAAUCAUAUUUUUUUUAAUGUAUUUUCACUCAGCAGAAAUCAGCAAACUCUCACCUCUUGUUGUCAACACAGAGAGACGAAGAAGCUAAGGACUUUAUAGUUUUAAGAUUAUGACACAUCUCUCUUCCUUUUUGAUGUUCCAGACACAAGUUAUAAGAGCCACCACAUACCAAUGCUGGCAAUAAGACCGCACUCAAUGAGCUGUACAAGCAAACAGGAAAACGCUCAUCCAGAGGCAGCGCUCCUAGUGGCCGGGGACUUUAAUGCAGGGAAACUUAAAUCCGUUUUACCUCAUUUCUACCAGCAUGUUAAAUGUGCAACCAGAGGAAAAAAACUCUAGACCACCUUUACUCCACACACAGAGACGCAUAAAAAGCUCUUCCUCGCCCUCCAAUUGGCAAAUCUGACCAUAACUCUAUCCUCCUUGAUUCCUGCUUACAAGCAAAAACGAAAGCAUGAAGCACCAGUGACUCGGUCAAUAAAGAAGUGGUCAGAUGACACAGAUGCUAAGCUACAGGACUGUUUUGAAUAUGUUCCAGGAUUCUUCCGAUGGCAUUGAGGAGUACACCACAUCAGUAACUGGCUUCAUCAAAAUGUGCAUCGAUGACAUCAUCCCCACAGUGACCGUAUGUACCCCAACCAGAAGCCAUGGAUUACAGGCAACAUCCGCACUGAGCUAAAGGAUAGGGUGGCCACUUUCAAGGAGCGGGAUUCUAACCCGGACGCUUAUAAGAAAUCCCGCUAUCCCCUCCGACGAACCAUCAAACAGGCAAAGCGUCAAUACAGGACUAAGAUUGAAUUGUACUACACCGGCUCCGACGCUCAUUCGAUGUGGCAGGGCUUGCAAACUAUUACAGACUACAAAGGGAAGCACAGCCGCGAGCUGCCCAGUGACACGAGCCUACCAGACGAGCUAAAUUACUUCUAUGCUCGCUUCGAGGCAAGCAACACUGAAGCAUGCAUGAGAGCAUCAGCUGUUCCGGACGACUGUGUGAUCACGCUCUCCGUAGCCGAUGUGAGUAAGACCUUUAAACAGGUCAACAUUCACAAGUCCGCAGGGCCAGACGGAUUACCAGGACCUGUACUCCGAGCAUGCAGUGACCAACUGGCAAGUGUCUUCACUGACAUUUUCAACCUGUCCCUGACUGAGUCUGUAAUACCAACAUGUUUCAAGCAGACCACCAUAGUCCCCGUGCCCAAGAACACCAAGAUAACCUGCCUAAAUGACUACCGACCCGUAGCGCUCACGUAUGUAGUCAUGAAGUGCUUUGAAAGACUGGUCAUGGCUCACAUCAACACCAUUAUCCCAGAAACCCUAGACCCACUCCAAUUUGCAUACCACCCCAACAGAUCCAGAGAUGAUGCAAUCUCUAUUGCACUCCACACUGCCCUUUCCCACCUGGACAAGAGGAACACCUACGUGAGAAUGCUAUUCAUUGUCUACAGCUCAGCGUUCAACACCAUAGUACCCUCAAAGCUCAUCACUAAGCUAAGGACCCUGGGACUAAAUACCUCCCUCUGCAACUGGAUCCUAGACUUCCUGACGGGCCGCCCCCAGGUGGUAAGGGUAGGUAACAACACAUCUGCCACACUGAUCCUCAACACGGGGGUCCCUCAGGGGUGCGUGCUUAGUCCCCUCCUGUACUCCCUGUUCACCCAUGACUGCAUGGCCAGGCACGACUCCAACACCAUCAUUAAGUUUGCCAAUGACACAACAGUGGUAGGCCUGAUCACCGACAACGAUGAGACAGCCUAUAGGGAGGAGGUCAGAGACCUGGCCGUGUGGUGCCAGGAUAACAACCUCUCCCUCAACGUGAUCAAGACAAAGGAGAUGAUUGUGGACUACAGGAAAAGAAGAGGACCGAGGACCAUUCUCAUCGACGGGGCUGUAGUGGAACAGGUUGAGAGCUUCAAGUUCCUUGGUGUCCACAUCACCAACAAAUUAACAGGGUCCAAACACACCAAGACAGUCGUGAAGAGGGCACAACAAAGCCUAUUCCUCCUCAGGAGACUGAAAAGAUUUGGCAUGGGUCCUCAGAUCCUCAAAAAGUUAUACAGCUGCACCAUUGAGAGCAUCCUGACUGGUUGCAUCACUGCCUGGUAUGGCAACUGCUCGGCACUACAGAGGGUAGUGCGUACGGCCCAGUACAUCACUGGGGCCAAGCUUCCUGCCAUCCAGGACCUUCCUGCAAUCCAGGACCCACCCCCUCUUUUACACUGCUUCUACUCUCUGUUUAUUAUCUAUGCAUAGUCACUUUAACUCUACCUACAUGUACAUAUUACCUCGACUAACCUGUGCCCCCGCACAUUGACUCGGUACCGGUACCCCCUGUAUAUAGCCUCACUACUGUUAUUUUACUGCUGCUCUUUAAUUAUUUUGUAUUUUAUACUUAUCUAUUUUUUACUUAACACUUAUUUUUCUUAAAACUGCAUUGUUGGUUAAGGGCUUGUAAGUAAGCAUUUCACUGUAAGGUCUACACCUGCUGUAUUCGGCGCAUGUGACAAAUACACUUUGAUUUGAUUUGAUUUGAUUUCUGUAUAGACAGGAUUAUUUACAUAAUUUUGGCCAAUUUUAUUAAAUUGACUUUUGGGGAAGCUUAGGUUCCCAUAGCGUAUGUGUGUACCUACUAACCUGCCUACCUGUGUACCUACUAACCUGCCUACCUGUGUACCUACUAACCUGCCUACCUGUGUACCUACUAACCUGCCUACCUGUGUACCUACUAACCUGCCUACCUGUGUACCUACUAACCUGCCUACCUGUGUACCUACUAACCUGCCUACCUGUGUACCUACUAACCUGCCUACCUGUGUACCUACUAACCUGCCUACCUGUGUCCCUACUAACCUGCCUACCUGUGUACCUACUAACCUGCCUACCUGUGUCCCUACUAACAUGUGUACCUACUAGCCUGCCUACCUGUGUACCUACUAACCUGCCUACCUGUGUACCUACUAACCUGCCUACCUGUGUACCUACUAACCUGUGUACCUACUAACCUGCCUACCUGUGUACCUACUAAACUGUCUACCUGUGUACCUACUAACCUGCCUACCUGUGUCCCUACUAACCUGCCUACCUGUGUACCUACUAACCUGCCUACCUGUGUCCCUACUAACAUGUGUCCCUACUAACCUGUGUACCUACUAACCUGCCUACCUGUGUCCCUACUAACCUGCCUACCUGUGUACCUACUAACCUGCCUACCUGUGUACCUACUAGCCUGCCUACCUGUGUCCCUACUAACAUGUGUACCUACUAGCCUGCCUACCUGUGUACCUACUAACCUGCCUACCUGUGUACCUACUAACCUGCUUACCUGUGUCCCUACUAACCUGCCUACCUGUGUACCUACUAACCUGCCUACCUGUGUACCUACUAACCUGCCUACCUGUGUACCUACUAACCUGCCUACCUGUGUACCUACUAACCUGCCUACCUGUGUACCUACUAACCUGUGUACCUGUGUACCUACUAACCUGCCUACCUGUGUCCCUACUAACCUGCCUACCUGUGUCCCUACUAACCUGCCUACCUGUGUCCCUACUAACCUGCCUACCUGUGUCCCUACUAACCUGCCUACCUGUGUCCCUACUAACCUGUAUCCCUACUAACCUGCCUACCUGUGUCCCUACUAACCUGCCUACCUGUGUCCCUACUAACCUGCCUACCUGUGUACCUGUUGCAUCUUUUCUUGAUUGUUAUGAUAAUUCUUCCUCCCUCUCUCUCUCUCUCUCCCGUCCCUCCCCUCCCUCCCUCUCUCCCUCUCUCUCUCUAGGUAGUAGUGUAUGGUGAUGGUUCAGGUGUACCAGUCUCUCUGAGGGACUGGGCUCUAGUUGAUUAUGACUACUUGAGACAACAGGGUCAACAGUACAACACUCCACACUGUAUAGCAGAGAGCUACCAACACCUCUCACUGAGAGUCAAAGAGUGAGUCUGUCUGUCUGUCUGUCUGUCUGUCUGUCUGUCUGUCUGUCUGUCUGUCUGUCUGUCUGUCUGUCUGUCUGUCUGUCUGUCUGUCUGUCUGUCUGUCUGUCUGUCUGUCUGUCUGUCUGUCUGUCUGUCUGUCUGUCUGUCUGUCUGUCUGUCUGUCUGGCUGGCUGGCUGGCUGGCUGGCUGGCUGGCUGUCUGUCUGUCUGUCUGUCUGUCUGGCUGGCUGGCUGGCUGGCUGGCUGGCUGGCUGGUUGGCUGGCUGGCUGGCUGGCUGGCUGGUUCGCUGUCCGUCCAUCCACAUUGGUUUCUCUGGCUGGCUGUCUGUCUGGCUGUUUGUUCGUCUGGCUGGUUGACUGCCUGCCUGUCUGUCCAUCUGUAUGUCUUAUUAAAACUAUAUCUCUCUCUCCCCUUUCCAACUCUCUCUCUCUCCCCUGUCUCUUUCUCUCCCCACUCUAUCCUCCCUCCAUCUCUCCAGGUUGCGUGAACACGGGGCUACAGCGUUGGGUCCUGCAGCCUUGGUCUCCGUUGCCAUGGCGUCUCGAUUCGUGGGGUCAAAGGUCAGUCAAAGCUGAGCGUUCCAUCCAACAGCAGUGCACUUCCUGUAUCACAGCCAAUCAGAUGCCUCGUUGAAAUUCUGACAGCCUAUCAGACACCAUGUCUCAUUUCUGUCUGUUUGUCAUUGUUAUGACCAGUUAUAACCGCUCAGUGUUCUGUGUUCUGUGAUUGGUUGACCUCUAGGUGAUCUUGUGUACAGACGGGCGAGCUAACAUCGGAUUGGGUGAGAUGGAGGAGAGCCCCGCCCCUUUCUCCUCCCCCCAGUCACCUUACUUCUACAGACAGCUAGCCAACGAGGCAGCUAACAGCGGGUUAGUGUACCCCCUAACUAGCCCACGAGGCAGCUAACAGCGGGUUAGUGUACCCCCUAACUAGCCCAGGAGGUAGCUAACAGAGGGUUAGUACCCCCUAACUAGCCCAGGUGGUAGGUAACAGAGGGUUAGUACCCCCUAACUAGCCCAGGUGGUAGGUAACAGAGGGUUAGUACCCCAUAACUAGCCCAGGAGGUAGCUAACAGAGGGUUAGUACCCCCUAACUAGCCCAGGAGGUAGCUAACAGAGGGUUAGUACCCCCUAACUAGCCCAGGAGGCAGCUAACAGAGGGUUAGUACCCCCUAACUAGCCCAGGAGGUAGCUAACAGAGGGUUAGUGUACCCCAUAACUAGCCCAGGAGGUAGCUAACAGAGGGUUAGUACCCCAUAACUAGCCCAGGUGGUAGCUAACAGAGGGUUAGUGUACCCCCUAACUAGCCCAGGAGGCAGCUAACAGAGGGUUAGUACCCCCUAACUAGCCCAGGAGGCAGCUAACAGAGGGUUAGUACCCCCUAACUAGCCCAGGAGGUAGCUAACAGAGGGUUAGUGUACCCAAUAACUAGCCCAGGAGGUAGCUAACAGAGGGUUAGUGUACCCCAUAACUAGCCCAGGAGGCAGCUAACAGAGGGUUAGUGUACCCCCUAACUAGCCCAGGAGGUAGCUAACAGAGGGUUAGUGUACCCCAUAACUAGCCCAGGAGGUAGCUAACAAAGGGUUAGUACCCCCUAACUAGCCCAGGAGGUAGCUAACAGAGGGUUAGUACCCCAUAACUAGCCCAGGAGGCAGCUAACAGAGGGUUAGUACCCCAUAACUAGCCCAGGAGGCAGCUAACAGAGGGUUAGUGUACCCCAUAACUAGCCCAGGAGGUAGCUAACAGAGGGUUAGUACCCCCUAACUAGCCCAGGAGGUAGCUAACAGAGGGUUAGUACCCCCUAACUAGCCCAGGAGGCAGCUAACAGAGGGUUAGUACCCCCUAACUAGCCCAGGUGGUAGCUAACAGAGGGUUAGUACCCCCUAACUAGCCCAGGAGGUAGCUAACAGAGGGUUAGUGUACCCCAUAACUAGCCCAGGUGGUAGAUAACAGAGGGUUAAUACCCCCUAACUAGCCCAGGAGGCAGCUAACAGAGGGUUAAUACCCCCUAACUAGCCCAGGAGGCAGCUAACAGAGGGUUAGUACCCCCUAACUAGCCCAGGAGGUAGCUAACGAGGUUAGACCCCUAACUGCCAGGAGUAGCUACGGGGUUAGUACCCCCCCCUAACUAGGCCCUAGAGUGUAGCUACAGAGGUAGUACCCCUAACUAGCCAGGAGGUAGCUAACAAGGGUUAGUACCCCCUAACUACCCAGGAGGUAGCUAACAGAGGUUGUACCCCCUACACUAAGCCAGAGUGCUAACAGAGGUUAGUACCCCCUCUACCCAGAGGUAGCUAACAAGGGUGUACCCCCUAACUAGCCAGGAGUCAUCUAACAGGGGUUAGACCCCCUACUAGCCCAGGAGCCGUAACAAGGGUUAGUACCCCCGUAACUAGCCUCAGGAAGCUAACAGAGGGUAGUACCCCCUAACUGCCCAGGAGGUAGCCUAACAGAGGGUUAGUACCCCCUAACUAGCCCAGGUGGUAGCUAACAGAGGGUUAGUGUACCCCCAAAAACCUCAAUGCACCCCCAAACAUCCAUGCCAAAUAGCUUAUCACAAAAACUCCUCAAAACCUUUAAGGAAUGGUGGUUGACGGUGUAUUAUUUCACUCUGCAGGGUGAUGAUUGAUCUGUCAUGUAUUUUCUGUUUCUGCAGCGUGAUAGUUUCAGUGAUGACCUUUGAGGGAACAGACUGCAGGUUGGCUGAGGUGGGGCUUCUGGCUGACCAGACUGGAGGAAGGGUGAGAGACACACACCUGAACCCAGUCUUCUCCAUUAACACACACCUGAACCCAGUCUUCUCCAUUAACACACACCUGAACCCAGUCUUCUCCCAUUAACACACAACCUGAACCCAGUCUUUCUCCAUUAACACACACCUGAACCCAGUCUUAUCCAUUAACACACACCUGAACCCAGCUUUUCUCCAUUAACACACACCUGAACCCAGUCUUCUCCAUUAACACACACCCUGAACCCAGUCUCUCCAUUAACACACACCUGAACCCAGUCUUCUCCAUUAACACACACCUGAACCCAGUCUUCUCCAUUAAACCAACCUGAACCCAGUCUUCUCCAUUAACACACACCUGAACCCAGUCUUCUCCAUUAACACACACCUGAACCAGUCUUUCUCCAUUAACACACACCUGAACCCAGUCUUCUCCAUAACACACACCUGAACCCCAGUCUUUCUCCAUUAACACACACCUGAACCCAGUCUUCUCCAUUGACACACACCACCUGAACCCAGUCUUCUCCAUUAACACACACCUGAACCCAGUCUUCUCCAUGAACACACCUGAACCCAGUCUUCUCCAUUAACACACACCUGAACCCAGUCUUCUCCAUUAACACACACCUGAACCCAGUCUUCUCCAUUAACACACACCUGAACCCAGUCUUCUCCAUUAACACACACCUGAACCCAGUCUUCUCCAUUAACACACACCUGAACCCAGUCUUCUCCAUUAACACACACCUGAAACCCAGUCUUCUCCAUUAACACACACCUGAACCCAGUCUUCUCCAUUAACACACACCUGAACCCAGUCUUCUCCAUUAACACACACCUGAACCCAGUCUUCUCAUUAACACACACCUGAACCCAGUCUUCUCCAUUAACACACACCUGAACCCAGUCUUCUCCAUUAACACACACCUGAACCCAGUCUUCUCCAUUAACACACACCUGAACCCAGUCUUCUCCAUGAACACACACCUGAACCCAGUCUUCUCCAUUAACACACACCUGAACCCAGUCUUCUCCAUGAACACACACCUGAACCCAGUCCCUUCUCCAUUAACACACACCUGAACCCAGUCUUCUCCAUUUACACACCUGAAACCCAGUCUUCUCCAUUAACACACACCUGAACCCAGUCUUCUCCAUUAACACACACCUCAACCCAGUCUUCUCCAUUAACACACACACUGAACCCAGUCUUCUCCAUUGACACACACCUGAACCAGUUCUUCUCCAUUGACACACACCUGAACCAGUCUUCUCCAUUAACACCACUGAACCCAGUCUUCUCCAUUAACACACACCUGUGAACCCAUUAUUCUCCAUUAACACACACCUGAAACCCAGUCUUCUCCAUUAACACACACCUGAACCCAUAUUCUCCAUUAACACACACCUGAACCCAAGUCUUCUUCCAUUAACACACACCUGAACCCAGUCUUCUCCAUUAACACACCACCUGAACCCAGUCUUCUCCAUUAACACAACACCUGAACCCAGUCUUCUCCAUUAACACACACCUGAACCCAGUCUUCUCCAUUAACACACACCUGAACCCAGUCUUCUCCAUUAACACACACCUGAACCCAGUCUUCUCCAUUAACACACACCUGAACCCAGUCUUCUCCAUUAACACACACCUGAACCCAGUCUUCUCCAUUAACACACACCUGAACCCAGUCUCUCCAUAAACACCACCUGAACCCAGUCUUCUCCAUGAACCACACCUGAACCCAGUUUCUCCAUUAACACACACCUGACCCAGUCUUCUCCAUUGACACACACACCUGAACCAGUCUUCUCCAUUGACACACACCUGAACCCAGUCUUCUCCAUUAACACACACCUGAACCAGUCUUCUCCAUUAACACACACUGAACCCAGUAUUCUCCAUUAAACACCACACCUGAACCCAGUAUUCUCCAUUAACACACACCUGAACCCAGUCUUCUCCAUUAACACACACCUGAACCCAGUCUUCUCCAUUAACACACACCUGAACCCAGUCUUCUCCAUUAACACACACCUGAACCCAGUCUUCUCCAUUAACACACACCUGAACCCAGUCUUUUCCAUAACACACACCUGAACCCAGUCUUCUCCAUUAACACACACCUGAACCCAGUCUUCUCCAUUAACACACACCUGAACCCAGUCUUCUCACAUUAACACACACCUGAACCCAGUCUUCUCCAUGAACACACACUGAACCCAGUCUUCUCCAUGAACACCACACCUGAACCACCGAUAACACCCUGAACCCAGUCUUCCAUAAACACACCUGAACCCAGUCUUCUCCAUUAACACACACCUGAACCCAGUCUUCUCCAUGAACACACACCUGAACCCAGUCUUCUCCAUGAACACACACCUGAACCCAGUCUUCUCCAUGAACACACACCUGAACCCAGUCUUCUCCAUGAACACACACCUGAACCCAGUCUUCUCCAUGAACACACCUGAACCCAGUCUUCUCCAUGAACACACACCUGAACCCAGUCUUCUCCCAUGAACACACACACCUGAACCCAGUCUUCUCCAUGAACACACACCUGAACCCAGUCUUCUCCAUUGAACACACACCUGAACCAGUUUUCCUUAACACACACCUGACCAUCUUCUCCAUAACCACACACUGAACCCAGUCUUCUCCAUUAACACACACCUGAACCCAGUCUUCUCCAUUAACACACACCUGACCCAGUCUUCUCCAUUAACACACACCUGAACCAGUCUUCUCCAUUAACACACACCCUGAACCCAGUCUUCUCCAUUAACACACACCUGAACCCAGUCUUCUCCAUUAACACACACCUGAACCCCAGUCUUCUCCAUUAACAACACACCUGAACCCGUCUUCUCCAUUAACACACACCUGAACCCAGUCUUCUCCAUUAACACACACCUGAACCCAGUCUUCUCCAUGAACACACACCUGAACCCAGUCUUCUCAUGAACACACACCUGAACCCAGUCUUCUCCAUUAACACAACACCUGAACCCAGUCUUCUCCAUUAACACACCUGACCCAGUCUUCUCCAUUAACACACACCUGAACCCAGUCUUCUCAUUAACACACACCUGAACCCAGUCUUCUCCAUUAACACACACCUGAACCCCAGUGCUUCUCCAUUAAACUACACCUGAACCCAGUCUUCUCCAUUAACAACACCCUGAACCCAGUCCUUCUCCAUUAACACACACCUGACCCGUCUUCUCCAUUAACACACACCUUUUUUUUUGUAUUUAUACUAUAUAGCUCAGGGGGGCAAUUUUGAUGGGGAUGGGGGCCAUAAAAUAUGUCAUUUCUAAUUUCAUGCAAUUCUACCCAUUUUGCCAUCAGCCAGAGAUAAAAACUUUGGGAUUUUUAAAAACUAUUUUCAUGCAAUUCUACACAUGUUCAUUAUGUAGAGAGCCGCAGGCCGGCAGUUGCCAGAUAUAGCUCAUUCAACUACCUUCUCUCUCUCUCUCUCUCCUCCUGUCUCUCUCUCCUCCUCCUCCUGUCACCCUCCUCCUCCUCCUGUCGCCCUCCUCCUCCUCUUCCUCCUGUCGCUCUCCUCCUCCUCCUUCUCCUGUCUCUCUCCUCCUCCUCCUCCUCCUCCUCCUGUCGCCCUCCUCCUCCUCUUCCUCUGUCUCUCUCUCUCCUCCUCCUCCUCCUCCUGUCACCCUCCUCCUCCUCUUCCUCCUGUCGCUCUCCUCCUCCUCCUUCUCCUGUCUCUCUUCUCCUCCUCCUGUCUCUCUCUUCCUCUUCCUCCUCCUCCUCCUCUCUCCUCCUCUCCUCUUUCACCUGAACAGGUGAACAUAGUAAACAUUGGUACCGUAGCAACAGAGAUCCAGUCAGCUCUGGCCGACAACAUCUUAGCAACGAGUGUCACGGCAACAUUACUAGCAGCUGACGGCAUGUGAGUAUGACUUCUUUCAGGGUGAAGUAUCACACAGAUACACACCUUGUCUGGAUUUCACUCACUAACUCAAUGCUCUCAAGUCAGCCACGAAAACAGUUGUCAUCCUUCUCUCUGUCCCCCCCAGGUAUUUUCCCUAUGAGGAGUGUAACCACCGCCUAGUAAGGGAGAUAGGUAACGUAACAGAAGGCGUAGAGAUCACCUUUCAGUUCGCCUGCAAGCCUGAUAGCACGGAGAGUGAGUGAACACACACACACACACACACACACACACACACACACCUAGAUUCACACACGAACACACACACACACCUAGAUUCACACGAACACACCACACACACACACCUAGAUUCACACACGAACACACACACACACCUAGAUUCACACGAACACACACACACACACACCUAGAUUCACACUCAAACACACACAUGCACUGAUGCACGCACGCACAAACACACACACACACAAACACAAUCACACACACACACACACACACGAACACGCAUACCCUCUCCCAGGAUUCCCUAAGGGGUCACUUUAUGUGUGUUUGUGUGAGUGUGUGUGGAUGUGUGUGUGCAUGUUGUGUGUGUGUGGUUUGGGUGUGCAUGGUGUGUGUGUGUGUGUGUGGGUUCUUGUGUGUGCAUGCGUGUGUGUGGGUGUGUGUUGUGCGUGUGUGGGUGUGCAUGUGUGUGUGUGUGUGUUGUGUGUGUGUGUGUGUGGUGUGUGUGUGUGUUGUGUGUGUGUGUGGUGCGUGUGUGUGUGCGUGUGUGUGGCAAUGAGUGUGUUGUGUGUGUGUGUGCGUGUGUGUGCAUGCGUGUGUGUGUGUGUGCAUGUGUUGUGCAUGAGUGUGUAUGUGUGUGUGUGCGUGUGUGUGCAUGUUGUGUGUGUGUGUGUGUGCGUGUGCAUGCGUGGUGGCGUGUGCAUGCGUGUGUGUGCAUGCGUAUGUGUGUGUGGUGUGUGUGUGUGCGUGUGUGUGCAUGCGUAUGUGUGUGUGUGUUGUGUGUGUGUGUGUGUGUGUGUGUGUGUCUGUGUGUGUGUGCAUGCGUGUGUGUGUGUGUGUGUGUGUGUGUCUGUGUGUGUGUGUCUGUGUGUGUGUGCAUGCGUGUGUGUGUGUGUGUGUUGUACAGGUUUCAUGCGUAGAGACAGACUACCGUUCCAGCUACAGUUGUCCUUCAUCACCAGAGAUCAACAGAAAGUAACACGCAUCAUCACCGAACAGAGACGGGUUACUACCAGCAGGUGAAACACACAGACACACACACACACACACACACACACAACACACACAGACAGACAGACAUGCACACACACACACACACACACACACACACACACACAGACACACACACACACACAGACACACAGACACACACACACAGACAGACAGACAGACAGACAGACAGACAGACAGACAGACAGACAGACAGACAGACAGACACACACACACACACACACACACACACACACACACACACCGACAGACAUGCACACACACACACCACACCGCGCACACACGCGCACACACGCGCACACACACACACACACACACGCCAUGCACACACACACAGACACACACACACCAACACACACACACACACACACACACACACACAGACAGACAGACAGACAGACAGACAUGCACACACACGCACACAUGCGCUACACACACGCAUGCGCACACACCACAACACACACACAGCCAUGCACACACACGCACACACACGCACACAUACUAAAGCACCCCCACCCCCCCCCCCCCAUCGCUCUCUCCCCCUGUCCCCUUCUCUCUGUCUCUCUAGCUGGCUGUGGGCAGGCAGUCUGAACAUGUCAGUGUUAGGGGUCCACUGUGCCCAGCUGGUUGCCAGGUUAACUAUGAAGGGAAGAGUCCACGAGGCACAGAGACAACUCAGAGCACAGCAAGACCUGCUCAAAGACAUCAGGUAGGGGUGUGUGUGUGUGUGUGUGUGUGUGUGUGUGUGUGUGUGUGUGUGUGUUAACCCUAUAACCUCUUGUCUCCAGUGAGCAGAGGCCCAACCCAAAGGAGGAGAGCAUCUAUGGAAACUGGAUCAAUACCAUGACAACCAUCUGUGAUGAUCUCACCACAGACUCCCAGGUAGUCUAUCUAUCUAUCUAUCUAUCUAUCUAUCUAUCUAUCUAUCUAUCUAUCUAUCUAUCUAUCAUAUCUAUCUAUCUAUCUAUCUAUCUAUCUGUCUGUCUGUCUGUCUGUCUGUCUGUCUGUCUGUCUGUCUGUCUGUCUGUCUGUCUGUCUGUCUGUCUGUCGUCUAAAGGCCCAGUGCAGUCAAAAACCGUGAUUUUCCUGUGUUUUAUAUAUAUUUCCACACUAUGAGGUUGGAAUAAUACUUUGAAAUUGUGAAAAAUAUGAUAAUGCCCCUUUAGUGUAAGAGCUGUUUGAAAAGAACGCCUGAAAUUUCAGCCUGUUUUGUUGGGAUGCAGUUUUGGUCUGCCUGGUGACAUCACCACGCGGUAAAUUAGUUAAAUCAAAUCAAUCAAUUGUAUUGGUCACAUACACAUAUUUAGCAGAUGUUAUUGCGGGUGUAGCGAAAUGCUUGUGUUCCCAGCUCCAACAGUGCAGUAGUAUCUAACAAUUCACAACAAUCCACACAAAUCUAAAAGUAAAAGAAUGGAAUUAAGAAAUAUAGAAAUAUUAGGACGAGCAAUGUCGGAGUGGCAUUGACUAAAAUACAGUAGAAUAGAAUACAAUAUAUAAAUAUGAAAUGAGUAAAGCAGUAUGUAAACAUUAUUAAAGUGACUAGUGUUCCAUUAUUAAAGUGACCAAUGAUUCCAUGUCUAUGUAUACAGGGCAGCAGCCUCUAAGGUGUAGGGUUGAGUAACUGGGUGGUAGCCAGCUAUUGAUGGCUAUUUAACAGUCUGAUGGCCUUGAGAUAGAAGAUGUUUUUCAUUCUCUCGGUCCCAGCUUUGAUGUACCUGUACUGACCCCGCCUUCUGGAUGAUAGCGGGGUGAACAGGCAGUGGCUCGGGUGGUUGAUGUCCUUGAUGAUCUUUUUGGCCUUCCUGUGACAUCAGGUGCUGUAGGUGUCCUGGAGGGCAGGCAGUUUGCCCCCGGUGAUGCGUUGGGCAGACCGCACCACCCUCUGGAGAGCCCUGCGGUUGCGGGCGGUGCAGUUGCCAUACCAUGCGGUGAUACAGCCCGACAGGAUGCUUUCAAUUGUGCAUCUGUAAAAGUUUGUGAGGGUCUUAGGGGCCAAGCCACAUUUCUUCAGCCUCCUGAGGUUGAAGAGGUGCUCUUGCGCCUUCUUCACCACACUGUCUGUCUGGGUGGAUGAUUUGAGGAAGUCCAGGACCCAGUUGCACAGGGCGGGGUUCAGACCCAGGGCCUCGAGCUUAAUGAUGAGCUUGGAGGGUACUAUGGUGUUGAACGCUGAGCUAUAGUCAAUGAACAGCAUUCUUACAUAGGUAUUCCUCUUGUCCAGAUGGGAUAGGGCAGUGUGCAGUGCGAUGGCGAUUGCUUCGUCUGUGGAUGUAUUGGGGCGGUGUGCAAAUUGAAGUGGGUCUAGGGUGUCAGGUAAGGUGGAGUGUCACGAUCGUCGUAGGAGUGAGUAGACCAAUGCGCAGCGUGUUGAGCGAACAUCAUACUUUAUUAUAUUAAAGCACAAAAACCAAAACAAUAAACGACUCGUGAAGUCCACGGUGACAAAGACCGACAAGGAACAAAAACCCACAAACACAAAGUGAAACACAGACAGUUAAAUAUGGCUCCCAAUCAGAGACAACCAGCACACAGCUGACACUCGUUGCCUCUGAUUGGGAGUCACUCAGUUAAACAUAGAAAUACACAACCUAGAACACCCAACAAAGAAACAGAACACAUAGAAUGAACACACCCUGGCUCAACAUAAUGAGUCCCAGAGCCAGGGUGUGACAGUACCCCCCCCCCUAAAGGCGCGGACUGCGACCGCGCCUCAACAAAACCCAAACAGGGAAGGGCUGGGUGGGCAUUCCUCCUCGGAGGCGGCUCCGGCUCCGGGCUUGACCACCACCCUUCCAUAAUUCCCCCGUAGCGCCCCUGGUCCGGUCUGACCCCGCUGGCUGGAUCUGGACUGGACAUCGACGGAGCGGAUUGCUUACGCUCCGUUGUGGAGCAGCUGACCGGUACCUGAUCAGGCACCGGACUGACGACGCGCACCCCUGGCUUGGCGCGUGAGGCAGGAACGGACCGGACCUGGCUGACGAUGCGCCCCCCUGGCUUGGUGCGUGGAGCAGCAACGGACCAGACCGGGCUGACGAUACGCACCCCUGGCUUGGUGCGUGUAGCCGGAAGGGGCCUCACCGGACUGACGACUCGCACCCUUGGCUUGGUGCGUGGAGCAGCGACGGGCCGGACCUGGCUGACGACUCGCACCCCGGGCUUGGUGCGAGUAGCAGGAACGGGCUGAACCAGGCUGACGACUCGCACCCCUGACUUGGUGCGAGUGGCAGGAACAGGCUGGACCAGGCUGACGACUCGCACCCCUGGCUUGGUGCGAGUGGCAGGAACGGGCUGGACCAGGCUGACGACGCACACCAUAGGCUUGGUGCGUGGAGCAGGGACAGGCCGGGCUGGGCUGGCGACGCACACCGUAGGCUUGGUGCGUGGAGCAGGGACAGGCCGGGCUGGGCUGGCGACGCACACCGUAGGCUUGGUGCGUGGAGCAGGAACAGGCCGGGCUGGGCUGUCGACGCACACCGUAGGCUUGGUGCGUGGAGCAGGAACAGACCGGGCAGGGCUGGCGACGCACACCGUAGGCUUGGUGCGUGGAGCAGGAACAGGCCGGGCAGGGCUGGCGACGCACACCGUAGGCUUGGUGCGUGGAGCAGAAAACAGGCCGGGCAGGGCUGGCGACGCACAACGUUAGGCUUGGUGCGUGGAGCAGGAACAGGCCGGGCUGGGCUGGCGACGCACACCGUAGGCUUGGUGCGUGGAGCAGGGACAGGCUGGGCUGGGCUGGCGACGCACACCGUAGGCUUGGUGCGUGGAGCAGGGACAGGCCGGACUGGGCUGGCGACGCACACCGUAGGCUUGGUGCGUGGAGCAGGAACAGGCCGGACUGGGCUAUGGAGACGGAUAGGAGACCUGGAGUGAAGAGCUGCCACAACCCAUCCUGGCUGAAUGCCUACCUUCACACACUCUGUGUGAGGCAUCAGCACAGGACGUACAGGGCUGUGUACCCGUACUGGCAUAACAGCACGUGACACUGGCGCAGGAUAUCCGGGACAGAGGAGAGGCACUGGAGGCCACGAGCGCUGAGCCGGCACACUCCGUCCUGGCUGCAUGCCCACCUUCGCACAACACGUGCGGGGUGCUCGCACAGGACGUACCGGACUAUGCCGGACCACUCGUGGCACAGUGCGCAGCUCCGCAUACCGCGGAACCUGCCCAGUCUCAUGCUGCCAUGCCUGAGUACGGGGAGUUGGCUCUGCUCUCCAUCCAGGCUCUGCCAACCUGCCUUCUGGCCCCCAAAACCCGGUGGCCUCCUCUCCUAAUCUCCCAAUUCGCCCUGUGGCAGCCUCCUGCUGCCCAGUCGCCCAUGCCGUGUGCCCCCCCUAAAAAUUUAUUGGGGGUGCCUCUCGUCCUUCCGACGAUGGCACUGCUGACGCCGCUGCUCCUCUCUCGCCAGGGCCUUAAUCCUACCCCAAGGUCCCUUGCCCCCGAGCAUGUCCUCCCAGGACCACGAUUUGCCACCUGGGCCAUCGCCAGCCUCUCCAUCUCCUUUCCUGGCGCUUCCUCCCAUGACCAGGCUGCCUGCUCCUGGACACGCUGCUUGGUCCUUUUACGGUGGGUUUUUCUGUCACGAUCGUCGUAGGAGUGAGUAGACCAAUGCGCAGCGUGUUGAGCGAACAUCAUACUUUAUUAUAUUAAAGCACAAAAACCAAAACAAUAAACGACUCGUGAAGUCCACGGUGACAAAGACCGACAAGGAACAAAAACCCACAAACACAAAGUGAAACACAGACAGUUAAAUAUGGCUCCCAAUCAGAGACAACCAGCACACAGCUGACACUCGUUGCCUCUGAUUGGGAGUCACUCAGUUAAACAUAGAAAUACACAACCUAGAACACCCAACAAAGAAACAGAACACAUAGAAUGAACACACCCUGGCUCAACAUAAUGAGUCCCAGAGCCAGGGUGUGACAUGGAGGCGAUAUGAUCCUUGUGGAACUGACAGCGUUUUAACUACGUUACAGAUAUGAAACAAACAGACAAUCAUAAUAUCAGUAAAAAAAAUAUCACAUUCCCAGUUUAUGCUACAAAACCAACUUUAAAAAAAUUGGUUCUAUUUGACUCAACAUUCAAUGACGUACAGUAAGACGUUGUUGGCAGAAUAGAUUGAUGCAGUUCAAUGCAUGAUUAAUAUAAUUCACCAAUCCAUUUCUUGGUAGUCCAAAAAAUAUUGCUAUCAGGUUGUAAAUCACCGCUGGACUGGUACAUUGUUUGCUGCCUCCAUUCGGGAUGCACUGUUUCAGUUUCAAUGACUCAAUAUUCUGGGCAAAAACGGACGAAUGUACUAAGGCUGGGAAUGUCAAUACAAUCAAACUAGCAAGGGCAAUGAUCAGUCAGUCAUAACGUGGCUAAUAGGCUAGCAUAUCUAUUUAUGUAAGAACCUAAAAACACAGAGCCUAACGUUGACUAGAUAGCUAGCUAGCUAGCUGCUAGGAGGAUGUCAUGUCAUGCCAUUGGAGGAGGUGAGUGACUUUUUCCCCUCAUAUGGUUUUCGGUGGCUAUACACAGCUAGAGAUGCAGGUGUCAUUUGGUCAGCUAGCGAGAACUUGAAUGACUGUUAUUUAGUUAGCAUAUCUAUAGCGUUUGCAAAUUCACUCUGGCUAUCUACUCCGAUUUCAGAGCACUCUCGUCUGAGUGUGCCAGAGUGCAGAAUAAUUGAUGAAUUUAUGAACGCGCUAGAUAUAACCGGUGUCAGUAAACGUAGACAAAAAAAGUAAUAGUUAGUCAAGAAUGUUCAGCCUAACCAGCUCUGCUACGGCGAGUAAAAUGGUCAAGGUGAGGUGUUCUCUCAUUUGUGUCUGGAAGUAGCUAGCUAGCAAGCUAGUCAACUUUAGCCAGUUAGCUUGGGUUCUUGGUUGGGACCAGCGUGCAUUGGCAGGCAAGCUGCAAAAGGACGGGCAGGCUACAAUUCCUCAUCGUUUAUCAGUGCAAUUUUGACGGCCAACUAACUGGAAAAAAGAUUGAGAGGGUUUAUCUAAUGUUCCUUCGUUAGAUUUGAGGUCAUCUUGCUCUGGCUAGCAUUAGUUGUUGAUCUUGUUGUUGUUGAUGUGCAUAACUGAGAGAGAGAGAGCCUACCUACAGUGGGGGAAAAAAGUAUUUAGUCAGCCACCAAUUGUGCAAGUUCUCCCACUUAAAAAGAUGAGAGAGGCCUGUAAUUUUCAUCAUAGGUACACGUCAACUAUGACAGACAAAUUGAGAAAAAAAUAUCCAGAAAAUCACAUUGUAGGAUUUUUAAUGAAUUUAUUUGCAAAUUAUGGUGGAAAAUAACUAUUUGGUCACCUACAAACAAGCAAGAUUUCUGGCUCUCACAAACCUGUUACUUAUUAUUUAAGAGGCUCCUCUGUCCUCCACUCGUUACCUGUAUUAAUGGGCACCUGUUUGAACUUGUUAUCAGUAUAAAAGACACCUGUCCACAACCUCAAAUAGUCAUACUCCAAACUCCACUAUGGCCAAGACCAAAGAGCUGUCAAAGGACACCAGAAACAAAAUUUUAGACCUGCACCAGGCUGGGAAGACUGAAUCUGCAAUAGGUAAGCAGCUUGGUUUGAAGAAAUCAACUGUGGGAGCAAUUAUUAGGAAAUGGAAGACAUACAAGACCACUGAUAUGCUCCCUAGAUCUGGGGCUCCACGCAAGAUCUCACCCCGUGGGGUCAAAAUGAUCACAAGAACGGUGAGCAAAAAUCCCAGAACCACACGGGGGGACCUAGUGAAUGACCUGCAGAGAGCUGGGACCAAAGUAACAAAGCCUACCAUCAGUAACACACUAAGCCGCCAGGGACUCAAAUCCUGCAGUGACAGAUGUGUCCCCCUGCUUAAGCCAGUACAUGUCCAGGCCCGUCUGAAGUUUGCUAGAGUGCAUUUGGAUGAUCCAGAAGAGGAUUGGGAGAAUGUCAUAUGGUCAGAUGAAACCAAAAUAUAACUUUUUGGUAAAAACUCAACUCUUCGUGUUUGGAGGACAAAUAAUGCUGAGUUGCAUCCAAAGAACACCAUACCUACUGUGAAGCAUGGGGGUGGAAACAUCAUGCUUUGGGGCUGUUUUUAAGCAAAGGGACCAGGACGACUGAUCCGUGUAAAGGAAAAGAAUGAAUGGGGCCAUGUAUCGUGAGAUUUUGAGUGAAAAACCUCCUUCCAUCAGCAAGGACAUUGAAGAUGAAACUUGGCUGGGUCUUUCAGCAUGACAAUGAUCCCAAACACACCGCCCGGGCAACGAAGGAGUGGCUUCGUAAGAAGCAUUUCAAGGUCCUGGAGUGGCCUAGCCAGUCUCCAGAUCUCAACCCCAUAGAAAAUAUUUGGAGGGAGUUGAAAGCCCCAAAACAUCACUGCUCUAGAGGAGGUCUGCAUGGAGGAAUGGGCCAAAAUACCAGCAACAGUGUGUGAAAACCUUGUGAAGAAUUACAGAAAACGUUUGACCUGUGUCAUUGCCAACAAAGGGUAUAUAACAAAGUAUUGAGAAACUUUUGUUUUUGACCAAAUACUUAUUCUCCACCAAAAUCUACAAUGUGAUUUUCUGGAUUUUUUUUUCUCAUUUUGUCUGUCAUAGUUGACGUGUACCUAUGAUGAAAAUUACAGGCAUCUCUCAUCUUUUUAAGUGGGAGAACUUGCACAAUUGGUGGCUGACUAAAUACUUUUUUUCCCCACUGUAUUCAUGGUUGUUUGAUCAAUAGUACUCUAAAGUUCCCAAAUAUAAGAGGACUCCCGUGGUAUUUACAUAUUUGCAGAAAUCCAUUCAGGUGUAUUUCGUGGCUUUUGGCGAAUGCGUUCUAAUGAUCUAAAGUCUCGCUGUUGCUACUGCCUGUAAACACACAGUCCAGUUCAACGUGAAUGAUGGCAGGCCCGUCACCGUUCUGCGUCCUUGGACAAGACAAAUGUUUUUAUUAGGUUUUAUUCACUGCAGUGUCUAUGAAUUGUCCAGAUGCAUGGUGCUUUCCCACUCUAUAUUGCUAUAGAAUUUUCUCAUAUGCCUUAGAAUGUUUGGGAAUUACAUAUACUAAGAAUUUCAGAAAACGUGAAAAUGACCAUAUCUAAGUGCUCGCUAGUUAGAUUUUGUAUUUUUUUUUAUUCACAUUCUUCCUGGGGUUGUAUAUGAACAGAUCUUCAUAAGAUUUAAUGUUGCUAAAAUGCUGUCAGUUCCACUUUAAUAGACCAAUAAGAAUAAGAGUUCCAAACCUCUCUGCCAAUAACAGCUAGUUUUCAGUUUCCCCCUCCCCACUCAGACCACACCCAGACAGUCCUCGCAAAAUUCUAGCUUGAUAAAUUGCUGUUUGCUAAGAAGCUAUUUUUGGUUUAUUUUUUACAAUUGUAAUUUAAAAACACAGUACCCAGAAAUUAUAUUGAGAUAAAAAAAAGGCUACAUUGGACCUUCCAUCGAUCAAACAACCAAUCAGUCAACCAACCAAUCAAUCAUAAACUCAAUAAACUUGAAAUACACCCUAGCACACCCACAAAAGACAGAACACAUAUAAUGACACACCCUGGCUCAACCUAAUGAUUCCCGAGUGCCAUGGUGUGGCAUGGAGGCGAUAAUGAUCCUGUGAACGACAGCGUUUGAAAACUACGUUACAGAUAUGAAAGAAAACAAACAGACCAUCAUAAUAUCAUAAAAACAAUAUACAUUCCCAUUUAUUCUACAAAAACCACUUAAAAAAAAUUGGUUCUAUUUGACUCACACAUUUCACUGACUUAACAGUAAGACGUUGUUGGCAUAAUAGAUUGAUGCCGUUCACUGCAUAUUUAUAUAAUUCACUACUUCACCAAUCCCUUUCUUGGUAGUAAGACCAAAAAUAAUUGCUAUCGAGUAUGUAAUCAACCGCUGGACUAGGUACAUUGUUUUAGCUGCCGUCCAUUCGGGAUGCGCCACUUUUCAGUUUCAAUGACUCAAUAAUUCUGGCAAAAACGGACGAAUUGAUAACUAAGGCUGGGAAUGUCAAUACAAUCACACUAGCAAAGGGCAAUGAUCACAAGUCAUCAUACCGGGCUAAUAGGCUACAUUCUAUUUAUGUAGGAAGCUAAAACACAGAGCCUAACGUGACUAAGAUAGUCUAGCUAGCUAGCUAGCUCGCUGCUAGGAAGAAUGUCCUGUAUUGCCUUGGAGGAGGUGAGAAUGACUUUUUUCCCUCAUGUGGGUUUUCGGUGGCUAUCACCCGAGAUCGGUGUCAUUUGGUCCAGCUAUCGAUAACUUGAAUGACGUUAUUAGUUUAAUCAUAUCUAUAUGCUUUUGCCAACUCAACUCUGGCUAUCUACUAAAUAUGACUCUUACUCCGAUUUCAGAUCCUCUCGUCUGAGUGUGCCAAGUGCAGAUAUUGAUGAAUUUAUGAAACGCGCUAGAUAUGAAACCGGUGUCCGUACACGUAGACAAAAAAAGUAAUAGUUAGUCAAGAAUUUCAGCUAACCCACUCUCUACGGCGAGUAAAAUGGUCAGGUGGGUUUCUCAGUAUCAUUGGUGUUCUGGAAGUAGCUAGCUACAAUCUAGUCAACUUUAUACCAGUUUUCGCUUGGGUUCUUGGUUGGGACCAGCGUGCCUUGGCAUGGGCAAAAGCUGUCAAAAGGACAUGGCAUGCUAACAAUCCUCAUCGUUUAAACCGAUCAUGCAAUUUUGAACGCCAACUAAGCUGAAAAAGAUUGAGAGUGUUUAUCUAAUUUCCUUCGUAGAUUGAGCAUCUUGAGCUCGUGGCUAGCAUUAGUAAAUUUUGAUCUUGUAUGUUGUAUGAUGUGCAUACCGAGAAAAGAGAAGAGAGCCUACCUACGUUGAAUGGAAAAAUUAUUUAGUCAUCACCAAUUGUGGCAAGUUCUCCCACUUAAAAGAUGAGAGAGGCCUUAAUUUUCCAAAUCAUAGGAUACACGUCACGAUGACAUACAAAUUGAGACAAAACUAUCAUAAAAUCACUUGUAUGAUUUUUAAAUGAAUUUAAUUUGUCAAAUUAUGGUGGAAAAUCACUAUUUGUCCCCUACACCAACAAGAUUCUGCUCUCACACACCAUGUUUACUUAUUAAAUAAUUAAGAGCUAGCCUAACUGUCCUCCACUCGUUUACCACCACCUGUAUUAAUGGACUGUUUGAACUUGUUAUCAGAAUAAAGACACCUGUCACAACCUCAAAUAGAUCAUAACUCCAAACUCCACUAUGGCCAUACCAAAGAGCUGUCAAAGGACACCAGAACAACAUUUUAGACGGCCACGCAUGUGGGAAGACCUGAAUCGCAAUAGGUAAAGCUCUGGGUUGACGAAAAGAUCAACUGUGGGAGCAAUUAUUAGGAAAUGGGAAGACAUACAAAGACCACUGAUAUGCUCCCUAGAUCUCAGGGGCUCCACGCAAGAUCAUCACCCCUCACCCCGUGGGGUCCAAAUAUCACAGAACGUGAGCAAAUCCAGAACCACCGGGGGGACCUAGUGAAUACCUGCAUAGAGCUGGGACCAAAGUAACACAAGCCUAACCAUCUAAACACACUAUCGACGCGCCAGGGACUUCAAAUCCUGCGUGACAGAUGUGUCCCCUGCUUUAGCCAGUACAAUGGUCAGGCCGUCUGAAGUUUGCUAAGUGCAUUUGGAUGAUCCAGAAGAGGAUUUGUGAGAAUGUCCUAUGGUCAGAUAAACACCAUCUACCUUUUUGGUACCAACUCACCCUCUUCGUGUUUGGAGGACAACAUAAUGCUGAAGUUGCAGAAUCAAGACACCAUCCAAUACGUGAGCAUGGGGGUUGAACAUCAUGCUUUGUGGCUGUUUUUAAGAAAGGGACCAGAAACGACUGAUCCGUGUGAAGGAAACAGAAUGAAUGGUCCAUGUAUCGUGCGUUUUGAGUGAAAACCUCUUCCACAACAUCGCAAGGACAUUAGAUGAAACUUGGGCUGGGUCCUUUCACAGCAUGACAUGAUCACCAAACACCCACACAACCACCCCCCGGCAACGAAUGAGUGGCUUCGUACGAAGCAUUUCAAGGUCCUGAGUGGGCCUAGCCAGUCCUCCAGAUCUCAACCCCAUAGAAAAAUAUUUGGAGGGGAGUUGAAGCCCCAAAACAUCACUGCUCUAGAGGAGGCUGCUGGAGGAAUGGGCCAAAUAUCCCAUCAACAGUGUGGGAAAACUUGUGAAAUACGAAAACGUUUGUACUGUGGCAUUGCUAACAAAGGGUAUUAAAAAGUAUUGAGAAAACUUUUGUUUUUGACCAAACGUAUUCGCCAACCAAAAUCUACAUGUGAUUUUUCCUGGAUUAUUUUUUCUCAUUAUUGUCUGUCAUAGUUGACGUGUACCUUGAUGAAAUUAACAGGCCUCUCUCAUCUUUUUUAAGUGGGAGAACUUGCAGCAAUUGGUGGCUAGACUAAUACUUUUUUUCCCCGCCUGUAUUCAAUGGUUGUUUGAUCAAUAUUAACACUCUAAAGUUCCCAAAUAUAAGAGGACUCCCGUGGUAAUUAUACAUAUUGCAGAAAUCCAUUCAGGUGUAUUUCGUGCUUUUGGCGAAUGCACGUUCUAAUGAUACUAAAGUCUCGCUGUUCUACUGCUGUAAACACACCGUCCAGUUUUCAAACGUGAAAAAUGAUGGCAGGCCUCUCCCGUCUGCUGCCUUGGACAAGACAAAUGCAGUGGGUUUUUAUUAGGUUUUAUUCCUGCAGUGUCCUAUGAAUUGUCAGAUGAAUGGUGCUUUCGCCAUUUCCCACGCGAUAUUAGUAUAGAAUUUUCUCAUAUGCCUUAUAAUGUUUUGGUAAUUAUAUACUAAGAAUUUCGAAAACGUGAAAAUGUACCAUAUCUAGUGCUCGCUAGUUCGAUUUUGUAUUUUUUUUUCUUCACAUUCUCCUGGGUUUGUAUAUGAAAGAUCUCAUAAGAUUUAAUGUUGCUACAAUGCGGUCGUUUCCACUUUAAUAGGACCAAUAAGAAUAAGAGUUCAAACCUUCUGCCAAUAACAGCUAUUUUCAUUUUUCCUCCACCCAUCCCCACUCAGACCACACCCAGACAGUCCUUCGCAAAAUUCGACUUGAAUAAAUUGCUGAUUUGUAGGAAGCUAUUUUUGUUUAUUUUUUUACAAUUGUAAUUAAAAACACAGUACCCCCCAGAAAUUAUAAUUGAGAAUAACAAAAAGCUACAUUGGACCUUCCAUCGAUCAAACAACCAAUCCGGGUCCAACCAACAUCAAUCAAUUAAAGAGCACUCACUCGAAAACUCUGUCUAUCUCUCUCUCCUCUUGCUCUUUCACGAAUUAUAGAACUUCCUAAGGAUAAAGGAUUUUUUCAAAGAGAGAUUAAAAGAAAAGAGAGACAUAUUGGAGAGGAGAGAAGGAGAGGAGAUUCAUCGGAUAUUAGUCGUUACUGAAGAGAUGAGCGUCGAGUAGAUGCUCGGAGAGGAGAGGGGCUUGGAAUGGGUCAUGGGAGGGAGAGAGUAGAUGCGAGUGAGGGGCUGACUGAAUUUUGCAGGAGACGAGGACUGAUAAGGUGGGUGAAAAGGCAUGAGGACGCGAUAUAUAGAGGGCUUGAUAAUAUAAUAGCACGAAGAAAAUGAACGAAGUAGAAUUGUACAAGAGAAAGCGAGAAGUGCAGAGAUAUCCUCAGUAAUGGUCACUGUGCUGAAUAUAUGCUUGUGAAUUUGUUCGUCAUCGAAAAGUUGCCGAAUUCCUGGACGAGAACUGCCCAUGCGACGAGAAUCAACGAGGAGAAACAUCUCUUUCACCUCCCGGUAGCGAGAGCGAAUACCCAAGGACCAUACAGGCCUCUGAGAUCCCAUGAACAUAUGUCUAUUCCACACACACCCUCAAACACGACACCGGCGCCAUCCUUCUGUUUGCUGGGCCCAGGCCCUCUCGAGAGGCAGCAACGUGGUGUAAGAAACCAAAUGAAGAGAGCCAGCAGUGAUGUGCCAGAGUCGAAGGAAACAACUGACAUGUUGGCUCUGUGAGUGAACUCGGACCACAGGCAGUCACAGGUUGUCAAACGUUUACAGCAUCAACAUUGGGUACAAAAACUAAGUCCGCACUGGUUUAGUCAGACUGGUCCAAAGACUGGAAAUCAGACAGAAGAUCACGAAUAACUCCUGACAAUUACUACACAUAAAUGUUAUUAAAUAUGUCUCGUAUAAUUUUUUGUUGUACUAGAAAGUAGACAUAUACCAAUAUAUGGUAUAAGUGGACUGACUGUGGUACUAAGGGGGUUAUGGGAGACUCUUAAUCAAGUGAGUACAUCGAAGGGGGGGGAUGGGGGGGAGCGGCCUAUUUGACUAAGAGGACAGGGGGGAGUGUGACUUUUCUUUAAAAACCUACUUGUCUCGCUCCUUAUACCUCUCAUUACACGCAAACAACUGUCUCGUACUGUCAACUGGUAUUUAAGAGGUGUGCAGCGGGGGGGUUUCUUGUGGGUUUUUGGCUGUAAUAUCUUCAUCGUUCUUGUCUCUUUGAAAAGGUUUGGGGUAGCCCCGGUAUAUUUGUCCUGUUAUAUGGGGGGUUAAGAACUCCACACCUUCUUUUGCUUAGUAGUUUUGAUGUGUUUACGUUGGAGUGUAUCUUCAUAGUGAGCACACAUGUGUUAGAGUCGGGAUCUCUAUGUAGUUGGUUUGCAUUGGGGAGCUCAGGGUGAGCAUCUCUAGUGAAAUGAAUAAUAGUCACGGAAGCAAACGGCGGGACACGAAAACAACGCACAGCAACGAAACGACACGGGUAUCUCGCAAUAGUAUCUCAGAUAGGGGGGAGUGAGGCGUAAAGAGGGUAUGUGUAAAACUAGCAGGGGGAAGAAGUAGAAGGGGUGGCAGAAAGGUUUUAACGGGAACUGAGCUUGAAGCGUAGUGACUGGCCGUGAGAGUGAGUAAAACAUGCUCAUGACGCGGUGACACAAAAAAGUGGUGAACCAAUGACAAAACGGUGUGUCUGCUAAAGGGUCAUUAGGAGUUUUGGAAGACCAAUGAGGUUGUAGGCGAAUAAAAUGAUUAGGAAUGUGAGGGGAGUAAGAGAUGCUCUGAGGGGGGGGAAAAAAGGGGUGGUAAUAGAGUUAAAGCUGGGGGGUGGUGAUAGGGUGUGGGACUUGCCGGGAGGAUCUUCAAGGCGAUAGACGGCAAAGGGGCGAGGUCUGCGGUGAAUUACGGGGUUAGGCGAAAAAAAGAUAUAACUAUGUUUUAUUUUAUUUUUUGGGUGGGGGGGUAGGGAAGGGGGGGGGUGGGGUAACUGCAUAACUUACUAUUGGCAAAGAUCGAUUGUAAAUUCAAUCAAUGGAAAUUGUCUGGAACCAUCAACUGUCCAAUCCGGCGGCCUGUAUUAUAGUCUCGAUCGAUAUAGUAAUACAGUGAAUGGAAAACAACAAAGUGAUUUGACAUCCCCUGGGGCUGAUAAAUUUGAUACGAUUUGCCACUGACAAAGAACUUAUCAGUCUAUAAAGUUUAACUGGAUAGGGUUUUAUGUGAACAGUGAGAGACAGAAUAACAACAAAAUCCAGAAAACGCAUGUCAAAAAUGUUAUGAAUUGAUUUGCAUUUUAAUGAGGGAAAAUAAGUAUUUGACCCCCUCUCAUCAGAAAGAUUUCUGUCUCCCAGGUGUCUUUUAUACAGGUAACGAGCUGAGAUUAGGAGCACACUCUUAAAGGGAGUGCUCCUAAUCUCAGCUUGUUACCUGUAUAAAAGACACCUGUCCACAGAAGCAAUCAAUCAAUCAGAUUCCAAACUCUCCACCAUGCCAAGACCAAAGAGCUCUCCAAGGAUGCCAGGGACGAAGAUUGUAGAUCUACACCAGGCUGGAAUGGGGCUACAAGACCAUCACCAAGCAGCUUGGUGAGAAGGUGACAACAGUUGGUGCAAUUAUUCGCAAAUGGAAGAAAAACAAAAGAACUGUCAAUCUCCCUCGGCCUGGGGCUCCACGCAAGAUCUCACCUCGUGGAGUUGCAAUGAUCAUGAGAACUGUGAGGAAUCAGCCCAGAACUACACGGGAGGAUCUUGUCAAUGAUCUCAAGGCAGCUGGGACCAUAGUCACCAAGAAAACAAUUGGUAACACACUGUGAAGGACUGAAAUCCUACAGCGCCCGCAAGGUCUCCCUGCUCAAGAAAGCACAUAUACAUGCCCGUCUGAAGUUUGCCAAUGAACAUCUGAAUGAUUCAGAGGAGAACUGGGUGAAAGUGUUGUGGUCAGAUGAGACCAAAAUGGAGCUCUUUGGCAUCAACUCAACUCGCCGUGUUUGGAGGAGGAGGAAUGCUGACCCCAAGAACACCAUCCCCACCGUCAAACAUGGAGGUGGAAACAUUAUGCUUUGGGGGUGUUUUUCUGCUAAGGGGACAGGACAACUUCACCGCAUCAAAGGGACGAUGGACGGGGCCAUGUACCGUCAAAUCUUGGGUGAGAAACCUCCUUCCCUCAGCCAGGGGCAUUGAAAAUGGGUCGUGGAUGGGUAUUCCAGCAUGACAAUGACCCAAAACACACGGCCAAGGCAACAAAGGAGUGGCUCAAGAAGAAGCACAUUAAGGUCCUGGAGUGGCCAAGCCAGUCUCCAGACCUUAAUCCCAUAGAAAAUCUGUGGAGGGAGCUGAAGGUUCGAAUUGCCAAACGUCAGCCUCGAAACCUUAAUGACUUGGAGAUCUGCAAAGAGGAGUGGGACAAAAUCCCUCCUGAGAUGUGUGCAAACCUGGUGGCCAACUACAAGAAACGUCUGACCUCUGUGAUUGCCAACAAGGGUUUUGCCACCAAGUACUAAGUCAUGUUUUGCAGAGGGGUCAAAUACUUAUUUCCCUCAUUAAAAUGCAAAUCACUUCAUAACAUUUUUGACAUGCGUUUUUCAGGAUUUUUUUUGUUGUUAUUCUGUCUCUCACUGUUCAAAUAAACCUACCAUUAAAAUUAUAGACGGAUCAUUUCUUUGUCAGUGGGCAAACGUACAAAAUCAGCAGGGGAUCAAAUACUUUUUUCCCUCACUGUAUAUACACACACAUAUAUACAUACAUAUAUACACACAUACAUACAUAUACAUAUAUAUAUAUAUACAUACACAUACACAUAUACACACAUACACACACACACACACACACACAUACAUACAUACAUACAUACAUACACAUACAUAUCCUUAAAAAAAUAAUAUAUAUUCCCCUUUACUACUUUCCAACCCCGCCACCCUUUCCCUACUUGGAGUAAACUAGUGAACAACAACGCCCAGGCCUCUACUUCCAGCCCAUACCCACUAUCUACAUUUUAUGGACACAGUCAAUUUUACAAUAAUUACAUUUUGUUUGUUGUUACUCCUGAACUUCUUCUACUCUCAACCUCUCCGAUCAUUUUCAUGAUGUCCAUCUGGUUUGCUUCUAUAUGCCAUAUCUUUCUAACUGUGCUCUUUCACAAAAGCUCCCAACCUACAACCCAUACACUUAUUAUGGACACAGUAUGCUUUACAUUAUUAGUUAUCUUGUUGUUAUUAGUUGUUGUUAGUUGUUAUUAGUCCCAUCCUUCAACUCCAUUCAACACCUCCCAUCUAUCUCUUAACACCAUCCACAUAGGAUUUCUAUUUGGCAUAUAUAUUUCAACUGUACUGUGAUGUCUUACAAAAGUUCUGAACCUUUCUAUUCUCAUCUACAGAUUGUGAAUUAAAAAUAAACAUUUUUGCUAAUUGUAUUAUUAUGUUAUUAAUCGAUUGACUAUGACUUUUCAGAUCACCCAGUAAUGCUAUCUGCAGGGUUAGCUCCAGGUAAAUAUUGCAAUCCUUCAGCCAUUCCUGGACCUGUGUCCAAAAACAAGCUACAAAUGGACAGUACCAAAACAAAUGAUCUAAUGAUUCUGUCUCUUCACAGCAAAAUCUGCAGAGCUGGGAAGAUUGUAUCCCCCAUAUAAAUAACAUUCUAUUGGUAGCAAGAAUUUUAUAUAAUAAUUUAAAUUGAAAGAUUCUAAUUUUUGAAUCCGGUGUCGUUUUGCGUAUCAGUUCAUAAACACUAUGCCAUGGGAUCGGUACGUCAAAGAUCUCUUCCCAACUAUUUUGCAAUCUAUAUGGGACGGCUGUCAAUCCUUUGGUCCUUAAAGGAAACUGAUAUACUUUUUUAUUUAUCACAGUUUUCCUUAACCAAUUAUGUUCUUUAAUGCAAGGCCGACAGACAAGUUCCUUACUUUCUCCCCCUUCCACUUUCCUCUUCCACUUUUGCGGUAAGGCUGCAAUUAUUUGGUUGUAAUUUUGGGUAGAGCAGACAUUUCCAUAUGUUUUUGUUAGCUGCAUGUGCGACAUAACUCCACCAGUCCUACCGAUGAUAUCAUUUACGAAGAUUAUACCUUUUUUAAACAUUCUGUCAAAAAAUAAAGGUUUUUUGUCAAUUAGUAUAUUUGAAUUUAACCACAAUAUUUGUUGCAUUAUUUGUUCUGUCGUUUCUGGAGGAUUAAAUUGAAAUUGCAACCAACUUUCUAUGGCUUGUUUUAGAAAUAGUGAUAUCUGGGAGAUGAUUUCCUUUUCAAAUAACUGAAAGUGAGUGGUUGUAAUCUGAAUAAAGGGAAAAAGGCCAUUCUUGAACAUUGGGUGAGACAAUCUUACUAAUUUGCUAGAGAACCAGUUCGGAUUUAAGUAUAACUUUUGUAUGACUGAAGCUUUUAGUGAUAGGUCUAAUGCUUUAAUAUUUAAUAAUUUCUGUCCUCCGAAUUCAUAUUCAUUAUAUAAAUAGGCCUGUUUAAUUUUGUCUGGCUUGCCGUUCCAAAUAAAAUGGAAUCUUUUUUUCUCAUAUAAUUUAAAAAACUGUUCCCUAGGCGUAGGCAAGACCAUAAGCAAAUAGGUAAACUGGGAUAAUACUAAAGAGUUAAUCAGGGUGAUUAGGCGAAGGAUUAGCUAAAAGGGUUAAGGAUAUGGUUAGUGGAAUGGUAAGCUAACAUGCUAAGUCAUUACAAAGUAGCUAAAAAGGAGUACGUAGUAAAACAAAUGCUAAUUAGCUAAAAUGCUAACGUGAAGUAAAGUUGUCCAUGAUGAGAUUCAAACUCACAACCUUUGGGUUGCUAAAUGUACGCAUUAUACGCCAACCCAUCCACCCCGACCAACCACCUUACUUUCGUAUUAUAAUUUUAAUUUAACCCCUUUUUUCUCCCCAAUUUCGUGAUAUCCAAAUUGGUAGUUAUAGUCUAGUCCCAUCGCUGCAUCUCCCCUACGGACUCGGGAGAGGCGAAGAUCGAGAGCCAUGCGUCCUCCGAAACACGACCCUGCAAAGCCGCACUGCUUCUUGACACACUGCUCGCUUAAUCCAGAAGCCAGCCGCACCAAUGUGUCAGAGGAAACACAGUCCAGCUGGUGACCGAAGUCAGCUUGCAGGUGCCCGGCCCGCCACAAGGAGUCGGCUAGAGUGCGAUGGGACAAGGAAAUCCUGACUGGCCAAACCCUCCCUUAACCAGGACGAUGCUGGGCCAAUUGUACACCACCUCAUGAAUCUCCCGGUCACGGGCCGGCUGUGACACAGCCUAGGAUCGAACCCGGGGCUGUAUUUGUAUUUAUAUUUAUUUGGGAUCCCCAUUAGCUGCUGCCAAGGCAGCAGCUACACUUCCUGGAGUCCAAACAUGUACAUUUUACAUUUUCGUCAUUUAGCAGACGCUCUUAUCCAGAGCGACUUACAAAUUGGUGCAUUCACCUUAUGAUAGCCAGUGGGACAACCACUUUACAAUAUAUAAAACAUUGUUUUAUUUUUAUUUAUUUUUAAAUUGGGGGGGUGGAGGAUUACUUUAUCCUAUCCCAGGUAUUCCUUAAAGAGGUGGGGUUUCAAGUGUCUCCGGAAGGUGGUGAGUGACUCCACUGUCCUGGCGUCGUGAGGGAGCUUAUUCCACCAUUGGGGUGCCAGCGCAGCGAACAGUUUUGACUGGGCUGAGCGGGAACUGUGCUUCCGCAGAGGUAGGGGGGCCAGCAGGCCAGAGGUGGAUGAACGCAAUGCCCUCGUUUGGGUGUAGGGACUGAUCAGAGCCUGAAUAGGCAAGUACCAUGGUCUUGUAGCAGAUGCGAGCUUCAACUGGAAGCCAGUGGAGUGUGCGGAGGGGCGGAGUGACGUGAGAGAACUUGGGAAGGUUGAACACCAGACGGGCUGCAGUGUUCUGGAUGAGUUGUAGGGGUUUAAUGGCACAGGCAGGGAGCCCAGCCAACAGCGAGUUGCAGUAAUCCAGACGGGAGAUGACAAGUGCCUGGAUUAGGACCUGUGCCGCUUCCUGUGUAAGGCAGGGUCGUACUCUGCGAAUGUUGUAGAGCAUGAACCUACAGGAUCGGAUCACCGCUUUGAUGUUAGUGGAGAACGACAGGGUGUUGUCCAGGGUCACGCCAAGGUUCUUUGCACUCUGGGAGGAGGACACAACAGAGUUGUCAACCGUGAUGGCGAGAUCAUGGAGCGGGCAGUCCUUCCCCGGGAGGAAGAGCAGCUCCGUCUUGCCGAGGUUCAGCUUGAGGUGGUGAUCCGUCAUCCACACUGAUAUGUCUGCCAGACAUGCAGAGAUGCGAUUCGCCACCUGGUUAUCAGAAGGGGGAAAGGAGAAGAUUAGUUGUAUGUCGUCUGCGUAGCAAUGAUAGGAGAGGCCAUGUGAGGAUAUGACAGAGCCAAGUGACUUGGUGUAUAGCGAGAAUAGGAGAGGGCCUAGAACUGAGCCCUGGGGGACACCAGUGGUGAGAGCACGUGCCUUAGAUUGCUGCACCACUCGGGUGGCCCCUUACUUUCGUUUUUGCCUUAAGUAACCAUCUGUCUUGUGUAACCGUACAAAACGUAACAUAUGGUACUUUUUUUAGUGUCCCGGAUUUCCAUUUACUAUGUUACGUGUAGUCUAUGAGACCAGGCUGAUGUGAUAAAACUCUGUCCCCUCUCCCCUGUGCAGGUAUCGUUCUACAAUGAUCUACACCUUCCUGAACUCCUCUGAGUCUGUGUUUCUUCUUCAGUCCACCAACAAGUCAGGAAAGAACGAAGGAGCCCUAGUCAUCUGA